CAGAGGAGGCAGAAAUUAUGAUAUCAACUUUGUCACAGAUAAUGGCAGAGAUCUAUACAGGGUAAAUACUGGCCUUAAUUAUGUUUCCAGGAACAAUUUCCUGCUGCUAAUGCUACAAAGCAAUAUCUAUUAAUUGUUUUUACACUUUCUUUAUUGAAUUCCAUUAAAGAAAAGCAAAUAUUAAAAUACAGAGUAGUUUAAAACACACCAUGAGACAUCUUUUGUAACCUAGCAACAGGAAGUGCCCAUUGAGAAGGACUCUGAAUGUGAGGAUGCGGGCGCUGCUGUCAGCGGAGACAGGCCCUUAAGCUCCUGUGAGGAGUUUAUAGCAGGUAAUAAAGCAGUCUGAAAUUAUUACUGAUGUCUCUUUAUGAUCAACUGAAGCAAACAACACCACCAGAGGAAAGGUGGCUUCUAUAUAGUUUAUAUCUAUGGAUGUCAACUCGCUGCACGGUUGACAGUUUGCUCGACAACUUCUUUCUUUUUUUUGUAGGAAAGCACCACUUGUGUAUUUGCAGGACAAGAUUUUUGAAAUGAUUAAAAGACUCCACAAGGGGGCGCUAAAACCAGCCCACCCUGACAGUCCCUCACAGGAGCUUUAACUGUCUUUUCUUUCCUUUAGUGAUACCCUUUAGAUGUGUUUAUUUCACGGGUUUUCAGAGAUUUCAGGUCAUGAGGAAGAGACGCUGACUGGUAAAUUCAGUGAAGUUUGGAUCAGGAUGUUUGUUUGUAGAUGAGGAAUAUAAGGAAGGGAAUUAAGCACCAGUAAAACCUUUAAAUUGAACUAAAGAGCAGAACUUCUUUCCUCGUGCUGGAAGAGGAAAAAGUCGAAGUGUGAGUCACACAUGAGGCCCACUUCUUGCUGGAUUUCUCCCUUUUACAUGACACUUAACUUUCCCAGGAUGUUAAACCGACGUUUUAAAAUUACAUUUUCCGUGUUUGAGGUGUUGCUUGUUUUGGUUCUGACCCGGUCUUUGUGAUUCAGAGCCGGUUGCCCGGUUUUUUCGGGGGAGGCGAUGAGGCUGCGAGCGAGACAGUGCAGACAGGCCCAAUGUGGCUCCUGAAGGGUUCAAGCGCCAAGAAAAUAAACAAGCCUUUUGAUCACAAAGGGCCCAUUCACUCCCUCUCACUCUGCCUCACACUCUCUUUCUUUCUCUCCCCCCUCGUCCUCCCCCUCCCCCCUCCACUUAUCCUUGGUAGUUUCUCCUCAGCUCCCCUCUCCUGACCUCCAUCCUUAAAAAAAAACUCCUUUUUUCUCUUUGCUGUAAUCUAGAUUUUGUUUUAUAUCUUUAACACUCUUAAACAGUCAGCUUUGACUGAAGGACACACAUCAUCUGACCAGCCAGGGGGCACACACACUCGCACUCACACACACACUCACACACUCACAGACAAGGGCCUCCUUAUUCCACAAACAUACGGUCAUGCUGCAGAGCAGAGGAACGCGACAUGGAAAAUGUCUUCAUCACUCAUCUUUUGCUCAAAACACGAAUACUUUCCCCUCGGGCCACUCGUGCACAUUCUGCUGUCACGAAGCUGCCUCGUUAUGCGACUGUGUGAGUGUGUGUGUGUGUGUGUCUGAGUGUGUGUUUUCUUAUGCAUGCAGAUGGGGCUGGUGUGAAAAGGCCUCUCCCAGUGCAGUUGUGUUGUGGAGCGUUAGUGCGGUUCAGGCUGGGUGUGGCUCUGUUACCAUUUGCCCCCUCAGGCCUGUUUUCCAUUUUUAAACACACCAGAUUUCCUCGGAUAGAAAACACUUACCUACCCAAACAAAGACAUCAACGCCGCCCUCUGUGAGCUUUACAACACGGAGAUAAUACUGACAUUGCAUGCUUGAUUAAUAACUUCAAAGUGUGGUUUUGCAUGCUAAAAACUGUGAUAGAUGACUUGAUACUAAAAUACUAAUAUUUUACAGUUUAAGGAGUUAACAUGCUCUGUUUUAAGAUUUAAAUAUGAAAUCGUUUGUGUUUGGAUACUGUAAAAAAAACAAUAAUAUGAAGAUCAACUUAUUUCAUGACUGACAAAAACUCCCAAGAGGAGCUUUAAAUGAAUCAAGAUAAGUUGUGACUCCUCUUUCCCUGGACUUUACAGGUCAGCUGAUCCCCACAACAGACCAAAACAAGAUGGCAGCCUCUAUUUAUAACACUAUUUCACAGAAACUUAAACAUUAAGGUCCUUACACACUGGGAACGACGCAAAUAUACAACACAAUAUUACAAAAUAUUCGCGCCUGACUAUAAACAUCAAGCGCAAUGCAAUUUUGCGACUUUUCGGGGGGGAAACGCUGCAUCACGGGUGGAAGUGAGAAGACUGACCCACCCCCGGUGUGUAUGGACCUUUGAUCAUCACAAGUUACCUUUGGUUUUGAUGGAUUGGAUCCAGAAAGUCUUUAAAAUCACGCUGAUCUUCUCUGUGGGAUAGAAAUGUCCCCGGGUGGUGCAGAAACAGACAGCUGCCGGUCUCACGAAGCGAGUGGAUUUCACAGCAAAUGCAACAGUAUUGGGUUAACACUGCAGAUUUAUGAUGAGCUCUAAAGUCAUUAUAAAUCUAAAUAAUCAACAAAAUCCUCUCCAGUUGAAUAAAAACAUUAAACUGGGAAGUUUAUUUUCCUCACAGGAGCUUUAAAAACAUUAUCAACAAAUUUCCUAUGAUCAGACGCUUUAAAACACCCCCACUCCAUUAUCUCUGAGCCUCUUUCAUUUCUUCAUCACUUACCGAUCAGCUGUGAUUGAUAGCUCCUGUUUACUGAUGAGGGUCAUUACCAGCCAGUAAUGAACUGAAGCUGACUCUGCUGAUCAAUUAGUCCCAAUCACAGCGCCAAUUCACACGCACGCAGCCGUCCCACCUCCUGCUGAGCUUCUGUAAUGCUGCUUUCACAUGUAGAUGAUAAUGUUUGCAUCCCCCGACACCACCGCCGCCAACACUCUGUGUCCCUGCUGCUGCUUUAAGACUCUGUUGUUUCCACUGCUGACUUCUCAAAUCAAUAAGAUCGCAGCUCAUGUUAGGAUCAGAGAUAUUGAGCGAUUAUAUAUAAAGAUGCUCCCUACAGGGCGGUUUCUCUCUUCCCACUGUUUGAUAUCAUCACGCCGGGCAGAUGUAACACAACAGAGUUCACACUUUCACCUUCAGGUGUUUGUCUCGGCUUGCCCUCAGGUGGAGCAAAAGGUCAGAAGGCAGAGCAGAGGGAGGAAAAGUGAAGAGUCAGCAACACUGGAGCUGAAACAGCAAACAGACCUUCAGCACAGGGAGACGAUUUGAUUUGUAUAACAACAAUGAUUUUAUUUGGUUAUUAACUCUGAAGCAUCUCUGACUGUGAUGUAUAAAAAUAUCUGUCCUGAACAAAGUACAAUUUAAGAGUUUUUAUAUAUUUUUAGGGUGAAGAUUUUCCUCUAUUCUUCAUCUUCAUCUUCAUUCGACUGCAGCAUGAAAAUCUUGGUGUUCAGAGAAAAUAAAACAAGUCAAGAAGUUUCCUUUCAUCAUUUUCACCCUUUUUGAAGCACAAGACCAAACAGGUAAGAGUUUUAGUUUGAUAUUUCACAAGAUAUACCUUUAGAGAUGAGAGAUUUUAUAUAAAGUGGUAUACACAUUUGUCCACAAACAAAGUCCAUCUAGGUGAACCAGGAUAGAGGGGUCCUUCAGAGACUUAAAGGGAUAUUCUGGUGUAAAAUAAACUUAGGGUCAAACACACCAUAACACAGAGUUAGACAACCCCUCGAGAGUGAAUGUUGCCAACCGCUUGCUUCUCUAGUUAUACCAACUUUAGUAACGACCGCAGCCAUGUGAUCAACCAAAACGCCACUCUAUAGCCACAAAUAAUGCUCAGAACAGCACCUAACUUCAUCAACAGGACAUAUACUGUAGGGUCCCAGCCAUAGUACUAGACACCAAACAUCUUUUAAUUUUGCCUCAUUUCUCAAGCAAAGAGACUAAACACAACUCACCUACUCUCUUCCAGUAGCCGCUUGUUUGUAGCGAGAUCUCAGGCCAGUCCAUGAUGGACUACAGCGGGGUGACACAGCUAAAGGAAGAACAUUUAUGAUCAUUUCUUUAUGGAAAUACAAUCAGACCGAGACGCUAAGGCAGAAGAACUACUGCGUCUGCAGUACAGAACGAUUAAUAUGGUGAUUAUUACUUCAAGGAAAUGAUAAAGAAAUGAUCAAAAAUGUUCUUCCUUGAGCUUCGUCACCCCGCUGUAGUUGAUGGACUCUAAGCAUUAUUUGUGGCUAUAGAGUGGCGUUUUGGUUAAGCGCGUGGCUCUCUGUAUUGCCACUCUGUGGUCCUUACUAAAGUUGGUAUAACUAGAGAAGCAAGCGGUCGGCAGCAUUCAUCUCUCUAAGGGGUGUCUAAUUCGGUGUUACGGUGUGUUUGAUUCUAAAUAAAUUUUACGCCGGAAUAUCCCUUUAAUAUAGACACCAGAUUACAGCUGCUGGGUUCUGGCAGGCAAACUUUGGCAAGAGGUCCAACAGUUUAUUUACUGUUAUCUAUAAAAUAAAACUGUGGAUGAAUCAUGAGUGGAUGUAAGUUUCAGUUGUGGGCAUGUUUGUAGUAAGAGAGGGACGUCAGAGGAGAGGAGGUAUAGAGAGAGAGAGAGAGAGAGAGAGAGAGAGAGAGUAGUAGGUGAGGAGGAGGAGGCGAAAGCUUGUAGCAUGCAGGCAAAGUUACAAAACUGAGGAGGAUGAAGGACCCACACCGAGAAGGAGAGUAGGAGUGUGACGUGGGGUGGGGGGGUGUUCUGAGGAGGCACAUGUGGAGGAGAAGAGCCCACGGAGGAGGAGGAGGAGGUGAGAAAGUGUGGGACAGCAGCAGAGAGGAGAGCAGUGGUGGAUGAUGAUGAUGAUGAGCCCUGCUCUGUUGUUUUGUUGAUGUGUUUGUGUGUGGUUGUGACAGUGUGACAAUCAUAUGAAAUACUUCACCCACCCGCUGGCCUUCACUUCCCACACGCUGCCACUCAGAGGACACGAGGGACGAGGAGGAGAUGGAUGAAUGGAUGGACGGAUGGAUGGAGAGGAAAAAAAGAGGUGAGGCGACUGAUUAGAAGGAGAAAAGUAAAGAAGGGAGCUACCUUUAGUCCACCACACUCUUGGGCUCUCCACUUCAUUUCCCUCCAGCUCAGGCUCUUGAGUAAUUACUGCUCCUUUCUUUCUCCCUCUGCUGCCUCCUCAGAGCUGAUGUAAGAGCUGAAGGGCCCUUCAUUAAAGAGGAUGAGGAGGAGUGUGGGAGAACAGAGCUCUGUGUGAGUGUGUGUGCGCGGCUGAAGGUGAAGUAACAGUUCAUGUAAAUUUCAGUGCCACCGUUUAUUCCUGCGGGACAAAACACCUGUUGAUUGGCCUUUCCCUUCAGUCCCCGUGUUAAAAAAUGGCGGCUGACGGCUCCCUGGCUGCCUCGUUCUCGCUGUUUACAGGUAAACACGGCGCCUCUCAUCACCCGCGGCGAUAACGGGUCUCCACGGCAACGACGUGACGCGGCAACCGGGAGCGAGCGGAGCGACAAAUACAGCAGGCAGCAGCAACGGAGGCUCCGGCGGGCAGCAUCGGCAGCAACUGGUCCUUGUCGAAGAUCAUCUAUUAAGCUGAUGAGUCACUCGGAAGAACACGAAAACAAGUUUUGUUCCUGUUGAGUUUGUUGUGUUUACUCCGUAAGUACAGGGGUGUUCUGGGCUUGGAGGGUAAGAGUGCCCCCCCCCCCCCCCAACAAAAAAGUAAAUAAAAUAAAGAAUGUAAAAAAAAUCAAUAUAAAAAUUAAAAGUACCCCCUGUAUGACUCUUGCAAUGAGUGAAACUAUAUAAUAAAUGCCCCUUGGAUCACCCUUGCAACCAAAACGCCACUCUAUCGCCACAAAUUAUGCUCAGAACAGCACCUAACUUCAUCAACAGGACAUAUAGGGUCCAAGCCAUAGUACUAGCCACCAAACAUCUUUUCAGAGAGACUAAACACAACUUACCUACUCUCUUCCAGCAGCCGCUUGUUUGUACAGAGACCUCAGGCCAGUCCAUUACGGACUACAGCGGGGUGACGCAUCUCAAGGAAGAAUAUUUAUGAUCAUUUCUCUAUGGAAAUGCAAUCAGACCGAGACGUUAAGGCAGAAGAACUACCACGUCUGCAGUGCAAAAUGAUUAAUAUGAUGAUUAUUACUUCAAGGAAAUGAUAAAGUAAUGAUCAUGAAUGAUACUCCAGCAACAUUCAUCUCUCGAGAGGGUGUCUAACUUGGUGUUACAGUGUGUUUAAAAGUGCCCUCUUGGAUGCCUUUCCAUUUCAUGACAUGAAACGUGAUGAAGUGCCCCCUGAAUGCUCCUUCAGGAAAUAAAACGCAAAAUUAAAUGCCUUCUGGGUACUUUUCCACUGAAUAAAGAGUAAAGCCACAGUCUGGAUAUCCUUCCUUUGAAUUAAAUGUAAAACAGGGUGCCUUUUUAGUUUUCUUCCUUGCUUCAUAACUCAAUUGGAAAACUGUACCAGCUCUGAAUCCUUCAGACUGGGCCUACCUACGGCUCCAGUUGCCCGCCUAAUUUUCUUCAGCCCACUUAUACUUUUGACAGGAUAGUACCAGGAUAAAACAGCAGGUAGCUUUAUUACCAACAAAAAAACUGAUUUUUUUUUUUUUUUUUUACAUAUUUUAAUAUAUUUAGAGACAUAAUUGAUUAUGUUUGCUUUCCUAACAGUCUAAUUAUCUUACCAGUCACAGUCGACCUCCAAGUAAUCGUCUAUGUUUUCAGAAACUUGAAAACAUAGACGAUCUUUGGCAACAAGUGGGCGUUCAAUUCCUCUCCCCCUCCCUCCCUCCGUGGGUCAGCGUGGGCGGCCCCGUGUGGCAGGAGGAGAGCGAAACACGACACCCCGACAGAGGAAGGGGGGGUUGAGAGAACACGAAGUGAGUGAGUUAGUGAGUGAGUGAGUGAGUGAGUGGAAAAAGAAAAAGUCCGUGCCGGAGAAAGAGAGGCGCAGAGAAAGAGCAGAAAGAGUUCGGUUUCGGGUUUUUUUGUUCCUGACACGAGCAACCGCUGCUGUUGAGGAUGAGGAUGUGGAGGAAGAGUCGACCAUGCGACAUCGUUGCAACAAACGAGAUGAAGAUUUAGACCCGUUGCAUUCCGUUGCUCCAGCACCAACACACGGCAGCACGAUUCCUCCAAAACUUCGACCUGCGCCAUUCAGACCCGGGCGACUGGAUCUUCCCCCUGAGACUCCGGGAAACUUUUAUCCCCCCCGUGCUCUCUAACUCAUACUCCGGCUUCAAACUUUUUGAGUUCGCGCCGAUGUGCCAAGAUAAAAACCGAGAAGCUCAUGAAAAGUUAGCGGAUGUUUUUUGAACUUUGAAGCCGCCUGGGAGGGCUCUUUCUGCGGAGCCACUUCUGAGAACAACACCGGAGGACGGAGUGGGACGUCACUGCUAACUUGGCGAGCUAACUUCGCUAACGGCUGGCUAACUGUUAGUCUAAAGUUACGUGUCGACGGAGAAAGUGACUGAAGCGGCGCAAAGAAGACGACAACAAAGAUGAAAACCCCGGGAGAGCCGGGUAAGUGUGGUGUGAUAUUUUUUUAAUGUUUUAAAAUCUUUUAUUCAGACUCGAAACUAACCGCUAGUCCUUAAAUGAAAACAACAGCAGCAGCAGCGGAUUAGCUUCGCAGGCUAGCUGGUUAGCACGCUAACGAACUCUCCGCUCCAGGGGAAAGUGUGACAAAAUUAUGGCGCUUGGCUGGGGUGGAUCCGUCCGAGCCUCUUGUUAUUGUUUCGGCACCGACCUUCCAAACGCAUGGCAAUGUAGUUAUUUCUAAUUCAAAGUGGAUUCAACAACAUCCAAGUUUAUUUUUACUGUUUGAACAUCAUUAUUUAAACAAAUACUGCGAUCAAUCACCCUCCAUUUGUGGUCAGAAGAUCACGAAGGGGCAUCGUUUAGUGAUAUAGAUUAUGAUCAUGAGUCAGUGGAGCCGAAAGAGAGCAGUAAAAACAUAUGAAAGAUGGAUGAAACAGCAAUCAAAGGAUAUAAUCCAAUAAAAAGUGCCUCAAACUGUUGGUGCAUUAUCAAAACUCUUAAUUUAAGUGGAACUACUUUGUCAAAACUUCCCACAUCUCCAUUAACUCAAACUGAAAACCAUAUUCACACAGUUAUUAUUACAUACCUAUGUUUUACACUGAUGUAACAAAACUCCAACACACAGAAGUGUAUCACACUCAAAUGUAUGAAGUGUGUGGAAACAAGUUUCCCUUUUCUCACUGUAGUGAUGUGUGUGUGUGUGUGUGUGUGUGUAGGGGGGUUGCACUGAGAUAGCAUUUACAGUAGCCUGCUUCAUGCACAUUCAACACAAAUGUCCCUUUCUUCAUAUAGUGUGUGAUUUCACCUGUGUUGGUUCAACAACAAGCAUUACAAAGGAAAUCAGUGCCUAAAUGAUAAACAAGAAAUGUAUAUUAUAUUGAUAAAGCAAUGCAAAGAGUAAUGCGAAAUGCUGUGGGAUUUAUCAGUCUAUAUUUUGCUCGAUCCUGGUCAGGCCAGAGAACCUAAUCCACGCUGACAGAGAUGUUAUUUCUUGAUCUAAUUAACUAACACCUGUUUGACCCUUCAGGCCUCUGUGUUCUUUCUAUUGAGUUUGUACAGGUCUGAAAGGACCAAGAUCAUUCAGGUUAAAAACAAGUUGCAUCAAGUUUUCAGAAUUAUGUGCGCAAUAGUUAGAUUAUCUGUGUGCAUAAAACCAGGGGGUAAACAUGAUUAUUGUGCUGGCUGCUUUGUUUGGUCAUAUUUGGCAGAACACUUCCAUGAAUUUCCAUGAAAUGGUAUCUUUUGGUAACAGGGAGUUAGGAAGAGCAGGCGUGUGUUAGUAAAGUAGAGGGAUGUGGGGAGCAGGAGGAGGGAAGUUAUGAUCUGGAACAUUGUGGACAGUCAGGCUUGAGUAGACAAGAUGAGAGUAACACAAAGGGGUUUAUUCCUGACCUGACAUCAGGAGGAAGAUGUAAAAGAUGCUGCUGUAAGGUCUUUGUGGGAGGAAGGUCAUUUUCCUAUAGAGGCUUAACUCUUAAGGAGAUGCAAAUGUAUUGGCCCCAACCUAGAAAGAAAACCACCUAACCACAGUGUAAAGAAUGCAGUGAUACGUAUCUCAGCUGGAGGGUAACAGGAGAGUAGACAGGACAUUUAAGUUAACAUAAACUCCUAGAUUGGCAGCGAAGAGGUCAAGUUCAGGGCCAAAGUGCUGUAGCCCCAGAGAAGCCUCACAUUACAGAUUUAGUUUAAGACCUAAAUGAAGUGGAACAAAUGCAUAAAAGAAACAGCAAUCAUAGAAAUUAGUUAGUAUCUCUUUGACUGUGCACCCACAAAGUUUCCCUUUAUAUCUACAAAACAAAGCCAGUACAAACAGGUAUGUGGGUUAUGUAAAUCAAGCACAGUGUGAGGCAGUUAUUUGAAAGACAUUUGUUUUACAUAAGUGAUGGGGAAAGUGAAGUUCAGACUAACACACAUUUCUGCUUUUCUGUGUUUGUUACAUUUUCCUAAAUACAAGCGGUGACCUUUUCUCCAUCUAUCAUUACUCUACGGUCUGCAGUGAGAGGUACAAACCAACCACAUCAUUGGAUUAGGAGCCCAGCCGCCAUUGCAAUUGAUAAAUUUGAGGUCGCAGAGAGGGUUAACCAAGAAAACAUGAAAGAUAAAAACGAGGAAAUAGAGUUUUCCUCUUUGUACGCAUGGUUCAACUUGGUUGCAACUCUUUGUAAGUAAAACUCUUCAACCGUUGACACCGCAGGUUUAAUUAACAGCUUUACAAAAGCUGCUUCAAGAACUCGCUUUAACUCAGAGUUAUGUUGCACAUCCACCUCGAAUUCCACUCAUUUUUCAAACACGUUUACGGUCACUGAAAUGGGUAUGAUUUUCUUUCUGUAAUUUCACUUCCAUUGUGUAAUUUAUUCUCUCUCAAAUUCAGUUUAGUCAGACCUCUCGCAUGGUAAUCUUGGGCGGACAAAGAUCCAGUACACAUAAUGGAAGUUUAAGAGGGGAAAACCGCACCACAACACAACAUUAUAAUUAGAGAUAUGAGUUUAAAAGUCUCUGCACUGCUUCACAUGACUUUAUAUGAUGAUAAAACGUUAACUCAAGUAACCUUACUGUGUCACAGAGAGAACAACGUAUUUAGGUCAUGUAUAUUAAGAUCACCAUGCCGACCAUUCUUAGAAAGCGUGGGCCAUGAGGUAUACAUUUCACUACAUAAGAGCAAAAAUCAACUGUAAAAACUCGAUUGAUCGUAAUAACACUGAAUCUAAUGUAAUUGCAGGGCGGUCUGAAUCUUCAUCGUGGUCAUUUGAUUUUUCAAGCGCCGCUCUGCCUUAUAUGCCAUCGUGGUCUAUUUCAGACGUCAGAACAUUGUAUUCUCUGCUAAUGACUUCCAUUAUCCAGAGGCCUGGGUUAGCAGGGUUGUGCUACACACUUCCUUUCAGUUUUAAAAGUAGACAGCCUUGUUUUAGCCGCACAUCAGAGGACAGCUCCUUUUGGUUUCCUCGCUCUGAGGCCAGCUGACAGCAGUAAGGAGACCAAACUUUUAUUGGCGUGUCUGCUCGGCUUUUUAAUGACAGCUAACUCGGUUUUUAGGUUUUCUCUAGUUCCUAUUUUUCAGUGUUCGCUGAGUGAUUCAUACUAACUUCCCAAGUUGUCUUUUUGCUCUGGUGAGUCAAGGAUCUAAAUACAGACAUGUUGCUUAAAUACACUGAUGUUGGUGCUUGUUGUUUAAAAAUAGGUUUUUUUUUGCAUGGUUGCCUUAGUAAUUAAAAGACCAAUUCUAUUAAUAACCAUUAAAAACACAGUGUGUAGAAAUGGGAUUAUUUGGCAUGGUGCAGCACUUCAUUGUAGAUUAAAAAAACUCUGUUCGCCCUCCGGCUGAUGAAGCAUGGAUGACCUUUGAGAUCAAGUUACUCACAUGAAGCACGAUCAGCUGGAUCCUCCAUUUGUCAAGUUUUUAGUGUGGAAAUGUCUUUGUCCUUGCACACAUGCAGAUGCAAAAGGCUCAUUUAAAGUCAAAAAUCAUAACUUCUAAUAGUUGGGUGAUGAUACACUAACUGAACACUACCAAGUCCACCUGCCAGAUGUUGUUAAAACUUUAAAAUUUAAACUUUAAAUAAAUCUAGCGAAUCAAGUUGACCAAAGAAAAUAAACUUGCAGACUAUAAAGAUGACUUGCAUCAAAUGGUCAUUGAUGGCAGCUCAGUUAGCAGCCCCCCUAACCCUGGACUGUUGAACAUUAAGUGCAUUAAAAAAACAUUAUUUUUAACCUCUCUAUGAAGUAUUUUAUCAAACUGAAUCUGUGGACUUGGUUGUUUUGAAAAGGAUGUUGAUUAAAGUUUUACUAAAUCUGUUGUAGCAGCUCAGCUCCCAGCCCUCUCUCACAUCCUAAUACUUGUAGUGACUCAUGCCUGUGUUGAUUGAAUAGUCUUGUUUCCACACUGAAGCAUUAUUAAACUAUUCAUCGUACUGAACAGGAAUAUUGAUCAAUGUGGAGACAAGAUGUUUUCACAGGAUGCCGUUAGGUAACUGGGAUUAUGCGUGGAGAAAAAGUGAGCCUUUGUCUGUCCUCUUUGUGUUUCCCCCAUGUUGGGGCCGGUUGAUGACUGUAUGUAUAUAUGGGUCAACCUCCACACUCUUCCUAUCAGGAAGUCAGCAGUCUGGCCCCACCAGCUCCAAUUUUCCACUAGUGUUACUCCUUAUAUCAACAUAGAGCCACAUGUGAGACGUCACAGCUGUAGACGGCCCAGGCACGCUUUGUUGCUCCCUAUGUGUGUGUGUGUGUGUGUGUUUGUGUGUGUGUGUGUGUGUGUGUGUGUUACUGUGUAUGUGUGGAGUGAAAGGAGCCAUACAUGAGCAAUUAGCUGGUGUAAAGUCUGGUGAGGGCUGCGCUGCUGUUUAUGACUGUGUGUGUGUAUUUAUGUGUUUGUGAGUGUAAAAGUGUGUGUGUGUGCAGUGCAAACUUGUCCGAACCUGUGCGCCCAUAUGUCUGUCAGCGAGCGGCUCUACCUGACAUUGAUGUGGUCACAACAAAGUGAGUGUUUGACUUUUACUAGAGACCAAAUUGCCCUUGAGGAAGACCAUUUGGUUGUGGGCAGUUGACUCAGCCCGUCGUAAUUACAGGAAGAGCGACUAGACGUUUAUUUUAUGCAGAUUCAAAUAGCUCUAAUAACUUCAGGCUCAUGCAGUCAAAAUAUAAGACUGUGUCUAAAUCCUCUCUGCUGCGUUACCCUCUCACCGUCGUACUAAAUUAUGCUUUUUGGCAGCAGCAGCAGCAGCAGGGAUCACACAAUUACACAAGUUGAGGCCAAGCUGUUUGUCUCAGGGAACAUUUGAGAAGAGGUGAUGGUGAUGUGGUUGUGCUGUCUCUGUUUACUGGGACACACUGUCUGUCUCUGUGUCAUUUAGGAGAGAUGCUGCUGCAGUGUCAUCUGCUGCAGCUUCUGUUACCAAACAUUUAAGAAGAAGAAGAAGGGAUUAUUGUCAGCAGGCUGCAACUCAAAUCUGUCGCCGUGGAUUCAUCAGAAGACAUUUUUUAUUUACAAAAAGACCAUUUGAUUAAAAAAACGCUUGUAGAGCCUGAAUGGAGAUCCGAAACUUGUUGUUUAAUCAUUCAAAUUGUCAAAACGGUAUGUUUUAUCAUAAAUGAUAAAGUCAUUUUGAAACCAUGUCCUCAGACACGUAAUGCGUUAGUCAUAAAGGAAAAUUGUGAGUUAUCAGCAAUCAAGAACAAACAAAGGAAAUGUGAUAAUCGGUUCUCUCCUAUACCGUUUUUUUUGUACUACAAGGCGCACUUAAAAUCCUUUUGGCUUGUUGGAGCACUGCAGCUACCGUAGCCUCGCAGUUGUUGAAUGAGUUAAAUAAAGUCUGACUUAUCUGACUGUUUUGUUUGGCUUAUUGCGCCUUAUAAUCCAGUGCGCCUUAUAUAUGAAAGUAGACGUGAAUAGAUGUGUUCAUUGAUGGUGCGCCUAAUAAUCAUGUGCGCCUUACAGUGCGAAAAAUACGGUACUUUGUCAGGAUGUGUCACAGCCAGUCCAAGUAUAAUCCAAGUUUGAGAACGCAGAUUAAGACACCCAGAUAAUCCGUUUGAAUUCGAUUUUCUCCGCCAUGUAACCAGCGUAGUCAGAGUAUGAUCGGACAAUGCAUGUGCGAGUGCGCCACUCCCCCAUAACCCCGGAACAAAAACACCAGAGAACAGGAGUAGCGUGCAUUUCAUCAACAGACAGAGUAGCGCGUCCAUCAUGUAGGACAAAAACUACACUGUACGAUGCUCUGUCUUCUUGCUUGAAAAUGCCCAGCAGCAGUUGGAGACACUUCUGACGUCUGACACGGACCUGCUGUUGUUGUUGAUAAUUGUAUGGUGUCGAAAACAGCGCAGCUGAAAAGACCCAUAUCGCCCCCUAGUCUUAGGUAGGAGGACACGUUCACGUCAAUAACUCAAUUUUCUCAGCUGCAUGUAAACGCAGUCAAGGAGAGAAGUCUGAUUCGGUGAAAAAAAAACGAAUUCUGAGUUUAGUCUGAUCAAACUGUGACUGUAAACGCACUGAGUGUCUGACACAUGACAUAGUUUCAAUGUUCAGUUUUAUUCUUUUGCACAGCCUGUCCCUCUGCAGAAGAAACCAGUCUCAGUGUAACAAAGAUACUAAUAUGAGGUUUGAGGCCUGGGUUGGGCCUCCCUUAUAGGUACCAUAAAUCAUAACAGAACCCAUUAAGGAGGAAAACGCCAUUACCGGAACUCCCCCCUAAAUGUCAGCGCUCCUCACAGGAAAUACCUUUUCCCUGGUUUUCCUCUCAUUAUGUGGUUACUGUUAGCGAUCAGGUCAGUGCAAAGGUUGACCUGAUCACAUUCCUGAUUUCUCCUGAGCUGAGCCCGGGCACGCAGACCCUGGAAAAAGCUCAGCCGGGUGACGUCAGCAUUUCUCCUGUGUGCCGUUGAGUGGCGGCUCAGGUCAGAGCUGCUGUGAUGGGCUCUCGAUGUUACGGCAGGCCUCUCUUCCUGGAAGUGUGUGUGUACAGUGGCUCUGAUGACCCAUACAAAGCAGAGAGAAUAGACAACAGGUUUUCACGAGCUGGGGCAUGCUGGCCAAACAAACACCGGGGCCUCCGGCACAGGAAAGCCUGGCAGUCAGUGUGCAGGCUGUGUUGAUGGUCUGAAGCUUUUGUUCGAUUGAAAACACAGAGGAUCCAUUUUUGUGGAGAAAAGCUGUAAUUAUGACAGCUUAAGAUUCAAGACUGCUUUCAAUUUUGUGCUUUCCAUAAUUUUAUGAUUGUGGGUCUCAGCGACGAGGAGCGAACAUCUCAUUUUGGAAUUAUUCACACGCAAGUCAGAGCAAGUGUGAGGUGACAUCUUCUUCUGUUUAACAGCUUAAAGGUCUCAGGCCUCAUACCAGCUCCACUUUGAGCCUGUCAGGGUUUCUCUUUUUGGAGUUUUUCCACAGAUUUUCUUCUACAUCUGAAAAACAAAGCACUGUUCUAGUCAAAAUAUGAGAAAUUCAUGAUUGUUUUUUUUAUGACAUCAACCUCAGCAGAUGGUGAGACUUUCACUGCUUUGACUCAGAGAACUAUGAUGACGAUUAUGCGGCACAUUGUGUAGUUGUUACUUAUAAAAAGUGUUGUUAUUGUCUUUUUUUACUGUCCACUUUUACACAUGUGCCUGCCUCGUCUUCUCCCACUGCAAUUAGUGAUCUCCUACAUUUCCUGGGACGGUUGUUAACCAAACCCACAGGCUGCUCCGACUUGUAAACUUCAUCUGCGGCCGCUUCAUGCAGGAAGAAAAGCACCAACACCAGAGGAUCCUCUCUGGUGGAUACUGAACGUUGCUGCACCCUGGCAUUAUCCUGUUUCUGUGUUGAGGUCAUGGGGAAGGUUCAAGGCUGCUGUUGAAGGAGCGACUCCCUGCCUCAUCUCCUCACGGCUCUAGAAGCCGUGACAAAAACCUGACAUUUAUUUUGAUAUUUAAGAUUAGUCAUUGUUAUUGUGGCACAACUUCAUCCACACUUAAGAUGGGAAACUGCAAUGAUAACAGGGCGUAUUUUUAGGAAUACUGAAGUCAGUUUGAGACAUUUUUACUGAGUCGAAAAGCCCUCAUAUAAUCUGACAAAUUAAUUUGCAUAGAAAUCUGUCACUUAAUACUCAAUCAAUCAAUCAAUCAGUUAAUCAAGUUUUAUUUGUAUAGCGCCAAAUCACAACAGUUUUCAUCCCAAGACGUUUUCCAGAGAAAAAGAGCAGGUCUAGACCACGCUCAUUGUUUGAUGAAUUAUCAAGACCCAACCUAAAGAUGGGACAGAUUUGGCCCAUUUCAUCGAACAUGAGUGACAGUGGCGAUGAAAAACUUCCUUUUAACAGGCAGAAACCUUGGGAAGGGCCAGACUCAUGCUAGACAGCCACCAAGCCGCUGCUGGGUUGGGGAGAAAUACAGAGAGAUAGGGAGGGGGAGAGAGAGGAGUAGUAGAGAAGGCAGGGGGAGAGAGAGAGAGAGAGAGAACAAGAUAGAGGGAAGGAGAGAGUGAAUGAAGGUGAGAGAGAGAGACUGUGACAACAUCAACAUUAAAACAACAGAAACACCAACAACAGCGUAUGCAAAUUUGUGGUUGCAGAGCGAGUAAAGAUCAAACAAUAUGAAUUCAGCUUAGGUCGAUCCACACCCGCUACCCGGUCCUGGCUACCACUACUCUGCACGCCUCGAUGUGAAGACACUUUUCCAGCUCUGUAAUCCUCGCCUCCAGAGCUAAGAAUGAACUACAAUUAAAGCAGGUAUGGAUAUCAUCUAAGGAGGACGAGGAGUAACUAAACAUCUGACACACUGAGCAGAGGCGAGCAGGAGAAGAAGGUUACUCCUGAAACCUUCUCCAUAUCAAAAACCUGUCCCCUUAUCUUGGUAAAAAUCAUGUUAAAGCUCCUGUGAGGAGUUUUUUUACCCUUUAUCAAAGGUCACAACUCAAGCAUGUAGAGAAUAAGAUAAGCAAAGACUGCCGUGUCCUCACAGAAACUGAAAGCCCCCCACAGGAGCUUUAAACCUCAUUGUCUUCUUUUGUCCCUGCAUGUUAAAUCUGCGAUAGGAGGAUGUGUUUUUUUUUUCCUGACCCCCUGGAAAGCAGUAAUAAAAACUUGGCUGAGAAACGGUGUUACUACUAGCUUCUCUAUCUGUUUGCUAUCACCGGAGAAGAAUGUUUCUGUUAGCCGGCGUGCUGUCUCUGUAUCUGUGGGAGUUUAUGAUUGAGUGAGUCUGUGUUGGCUCCGUGACAGUCCACCCCCAGCGGGGCACAUGAAAGGACAGAGCGGGUCAAGAGGAACCAAAGGCUCGCUUCACUGAGCAGAUAAGGGAGGCGUCUGCAGCAGCAGCAGGGCAGAUAUCUCCGGUACACCUGACAGGAUGCUGGGUUUCCGGCGUCAGAGUUGCUCGGUCACACAUAUUUGAAUCUCCUUUGCAUGAAUCUGCCCUCUUAUGAUAUUCAAACAAUAUUUGCAACUUGUGGCUGAGCAAAAAAUCACAUCAUUCGUCCACCAACCCCUCGUUGUUGCAGUGCAGGUUCCUCGAUAGUGAACUGAAAGUGUCUCCUCCUCAUACUGCAGUGCAAGUGUGAAAAGAGAAUGAGGAAGAGCUUAUUUUAAACCAUCAGUCUAUCUGGUUUAUUAUCCAAGCGGUGUUUGAGUGAAGCUUGUUGAGCCUUUUGUUUGUUCUCAAAAAUGCAGACAGACAGCACUUUCCCUUGGAGCUCUUCUGGAGGCCCUUGAAUCGAACCAAGGCUGAGAGAGACAGAAGGUGUAGAGGUGGGUUUGUCUUUGUCUCCUGUGUUUUGGCUGGACUCACCCUCAAUGAAAAGAGGCAUGGAGAGUGGUUCUGUGUGUGUUAUGGCUAUCAUCUGUGGUUCGUGGAGACUCGGAGGAGGGGGCGCUGUGGUUAGGGUUUGGCCUCAAUUUUGGGGCCAAAGUAUGAAGCCAAGCCUCCACCAGCAGAAAGAAUGAGGGGACAGACUAGGUGUGGUCCUGUAUUACUUUUGCUUCUGCCAGUUUUCAAAUGUGUUACAACCCAAGAUGCUGUCAGAGCAAAAAUAGCCCCAAACCAUCUGUUUUUAGGGAGUUUGUUUCAGCCAGGAGGAGCGGUUCGAGGUCGCCCGCCAGCUUAUGUUCCAGCAAUUAGCAAGACCUACAGUAGGUGGCAGAAUCAAUGUUGUCAUGUCUUUUACAAUGAAAUGGGAGCAUUGACACACAGUAAAAAUGCAAGUUUGGCGUUCAGCGGCCAGUGGAAAGUCCUCAUCAAGAAAGAAAAAUCUUGGUGGAUGGAGAGACCGGCUGCAAAAUAAAUAAAUAAACUUUAGUUUUUCUGAAGGGACCACCUUCAAGCCACUGAAAGCAAACCCUGCCAACGGGUCGCAGAAGGAAAAAGAGCACAGUCUGGUUUUGUGCUUGUUGAGAGGAGGCUGAUCCAGCUCUUUCAUGCACUUGUAGACAUUGCACCUGCACGGGUAUCCCUCAGUGCAUUAGACCUGAUGUGAUAGUCCAUUAGCUUUUCCAAAAACAACAAACCCCUCUCUGAUUAAUAUUUAGCCAUCUAAGAAGCCUUCAAGCAUGGACGGGCUUCAGAAAGCUGAGAUAGUAACAUAAACUAAUCUGAGCUUUUACUUAGUCUGAAAAACUGUGUCAAUACCUCUCAACUCUCCGAGGUGUGUCACAGGGUUCACUCGAUACCACUCUGCUAAUAUCUCCAAGUCCAUCCCUCCUCUGCAUGUGCGCUCCGUUUGUUUACAUUUACAGGCUCUGUAAUCAGAGUUAAUGAUUGAAAAACGCCCAUAAAGACAUUUAGAGUUCCUCUCCAAAGAGACUUGAUUUCUUGGAAAGGGACAUGUGGAAAAAUGGGGGUGGUGAAAGGAACUUUUAUAACAAAGAGCACGUGCAUGACAAAAGACUCGGGUAUCAAAGUGGCGGAGAGGAUGGACCGCAGUAUAAAAAAACGUCCUUGUAAGUUAUUCAAUCCAACACCAAGACACAUUUUAGCUGGCUCUGAAGGGACGUUAUGAAAGGGACUCUUUUCUUCUGCUGAUUCAAAACAAGAUGAUUCAUUUUCUCCACACCAGAUCUUAACUCGCACACUUCUCUCUGACCAAACUAAGCGGCCGCUGCGCCUCGACUGUUAGUUAGCAAGUGAUGAACCUCUCAUUAAGACACUGUGCGCUCAUUCCUCGCUACAGUUUUUAAAUGCUGAUGAUGAAAACGGAGAAAAAAGGUGAAUGAUGUGAUGUUUUGUCUGAGUGGGUUUUGCGGUCGCUGACUUUACUGGCAGUUUCUGUCCCAGGCCUUCAGGGUCAUUAAAUCUGUCAGGAUCUGUGGAGGGAAAAGACUCAGAGCGAGAGAGGAAGAUGGAUUCACACAUGGCGUCAUCGCUCUGUUGGGAACCCUGCGGUUUUAUCUCUCUCUUUACGGCUGACACGACUUGUCCUGGGAUUCUGUGGUUAUCUGUGUGUGGUGGCGUGUUUACGUCUGAUGUGACUGCGUGAGAGCAAAAUUCAGAGCUGAAAUAAAUGACGUUUGUGUUGGCUAAAUGCAAGUUACCUCAAACCCUUGUUUCACACCCCUAAACAUGAAAACACCAUCUCGCUUUCUCACACACGCCUUCGCCUUCAAACAAGACAGAAAGUUACUUCAACUUUUUCCCCACAUAGCAAGUUAUUUCUGUGAGCGCCUAAUCCGAGCUGAAAUGAUCAAAAAACACAAAACGUUUCCUCUUGUGCUUCCUCGGCUUUGCGAAGUGAUCAAAAAUCACACCCCGGGACGUCACUGUUAUGAUGUAGCAGGAAACAGCGAUGUGGACAAGAAACUGGCUUUACUCUCUCUUUGAAAAAGUAGUUAAUAAGGAGUUAAUAAGAGGGCGAAAUGUGAGGCAUAGGAUGGAGCGCUGUUACAGGUUAACAAGCUACAGCUUAACAGUGGGUUUUGUGACAGUAAUGGUCCAACGGGAGAAAUCAAAGCCAAACACAUCAUAAUUUUUGAGUCUGGAAUCCCCCAAUUUGCCCGUCCAAACAUGCCAAAUUUAAUUUAAUUUAAUCUCCAAUAAAGAAAAGACAGAUGAGAAAUACUCAGUCAACUGCUUACCCAAGAACAAAGUCAUGAGACAGGCAGAUUAGGCCUUUCUUGUUUUAAUGUAAUAACGAGAAUGGACUUGAUGUAGUGCUAAGAGCGUGUCUCAUUAGGCUCCUCAAAGGAAGAUCAUAAAUAACAUCAGGAGUCAGACUGUCAGAGUUUGAUCAAAUCAAGUUAGGAGAACUGUUUCUUCCUGCAUGUCCUCGCUUCAUCAACCACAGCACAGUAUCUUAAAAACACACUUGAACAUCGAAAUCGGUCCUUAAACUUCUCAGCAGUUUGACUGAUCCAUGACGGCUUCAUGAUGAGUAAGAGCAAAUUAAAACAAACGAUGAGAAUGAGAGAAAACGUGGACUCAUAAUUAACCACAGAUCAAGACUAAAGCUUCACAUGUUGGAUUUAACAAGUUCAGAUUGUUGCCUGUUUUCAUUUAUUAGCUCAGAAUGAAGAUUUGUGACCCAUUUAGUUUCCCCGCUAUUCCUCGAACCCAGCGGCGGUGAUGAAUGAGGCGGUCUCUGUUUUAUUGUGAACGGGAAAGUCGGUUAGUCCCUCAGACACUCGCUCACUCAUCUCGCCCACUCACAACAUGCGCACUUUAUUAAGGGACCUGGACCCCCACACGCCACGAAAAUGGGUGAUGUCUGUGUUGCAUUAGGACACACACACACGCACGCACACUCGUAGACACACUUUUUUAAUUUUCUCACUAAAAACAACCAGUGUGGCUUGCUCAUUUGGGCUGCCAUCUCCCUGCGGUGACGCCGUCGUGCCUCUGUCUUUAAUGUUUUAACACAAGCAGCGAGCCUCCCAGUCUACAGACUCAAAGAUCCAGCUUUAAUGCAAUAGACUGAGGAAUUAAGACUGCGGUGUCUCUGCCAAUGAGGAAAGGCUGACUAACGCGCCCAGACGUCACACAUGUAGAAAGUCCCGUGCUGGCUGUUUACGCUUUAAAGAAAUUCACGGACACACUCAUCCAGAACGAAUUACUGUCGCUGUGAUUCUGCUAUAUGCUACAAGUGCUAAAUCAACAGCGUCAUGAGCCAGGGUAAAGCGGGGGCAGCUCAGCUCCAAACCAAAGUUCUCACAGUGCUCUGCCUGGAAUAACAGAAAAGCAUGUUCAAGUCAAGAAUAAUGUCUCGAUUCUUUUCUGUGGACGCGGAGCUGGAAACUAAGUGGAGGAGUUUGAUGGGGAAGAUCUUGAUGUAUUAGUGUUUUGUCAACAUAGAUUCAGAUCCAGAUUCAUAAGGCCGAACGAACGACUCUACCUCGGACGCUAUUUCUGAGUCGCAGAAUCGAUUUCGAAGUUCUGCUGAGGGAAGCAGGAGAGCCAGUCAGCUGCUCUUGACUUGUCGGAUGAAUCUUUGGCAUGUUAGAAAUUUUGGUCGGCCAUCUGCAGAGCCACUUAUUCCCCAGCUGCCCUUUUUUUUCAGAUUGUGCCUCUGCAAAGUGGAAGAUAACGUCUGAAAGCACCAUGGCAACACCCUAUGUGAUGUAUACAGCUGUAGGGCUGGGCGAUAUGGCUUUAUAUCAAUAUCGCUAUAUAUUGAUCAGUUCACCUCGAUAACAAUAAAUGGACGAUAACUACUCCACAAGCUGCUCACCUCCUCCAACAUUAACUUCGUCUACUUCAGCCGCUCCAACUUUUGAACCGUCCUCCAUCUCCUCACCUGUCUUUCCCUCUUUGUAACGGACUGGAUGGGGUGGAGUCACGUCUCUGACGUAGGACAGCGUCUUAAAGGGACAUGAGACCAUAGCCUACCUACACACAUCCAAAACCAACUUUCAUUUUUUUAUAUUUUUUGUCACCAAAUAUACCGAUAUUGGCAAAAUAACAUUGGUUAUUGUCGUAAAUUUCAGUAUCUGUAAAUUUUUGGUUUAUCACACGGCCCUAUACACCAGCUAUAACAUGACCAUCAGUGCAGUCUACUGUAGAUUAUACUUUUACUAAGCUACAUGGACAGAUUUGUUUUACUUUAGAGGGAUAAGUGUAUCUUUGAGUGUAAACACAUGUUUAGUUUCACCUUUUUAGCUGAUCAUUCGUAAUAUUGUUUAAUAAUGUUUGACCGAGCGCCCCUAUGACCUGACCCUCUUCAGCAGCAGUCGUCACUUUAAUUCAAAUGAACAAAAAACAGAAUAUGUUAUUAAUUAUCAGUCAGUUCUGGUCGAUUGUGUUCAUACUGAGCACACACACACAAAAACAUCCAGUUGGUCCUAAAAUGUUUUUACUCUCCUGUUGCUCUUUUACUUUUCCAAAUUAAGGUUCGAAGGUUUUAAAGUUUUGGGAUCCGUGUGCGGAUUUAAGUCUCUCUUGCGCAAGAGUGCGAUGAUUGUGGACCAUACAGUAAAACUCAAAUGUACGUCCAACAGCCAAGAGUCUUAAUCAGUGCACAAAUAUGCACAUUCCUGUGUGAUAUUUGCUCUUGACACACACUGAUAAUAAAAAUCACCCUGUGGUGCUGGCUUGUCUGGAGUUUUAUGAGUCCAGGUCUCUUUCUGUACGAUUGAAACCUGUUUAAAUAUGAAGUUCUUAACAUGACAGUCACGUCGAUGAACUUGUGUAACCGUGGAGCUGGUUGUCCUGCUAGUUUUAAUCAACGGUGGAGCCUCUUUGUCUGUAUGGAAAGAUGCUGAAAGGAGAGCGGCAUUAUGGGAAAGUUGUAGAAGAGGAGAUGAAAUUUGAUUGGCAGGGAGCUCCAGAGUGACUCACUCAUCCAGCUCUCUGGGUUUGGAGCUGUGGGCCUAUUCUGGGCUGCGGUGACACGUGUGUGUGUGUGUAUGUACGUGCACACUGGUGUUCACAUGGACCAAUCCAGCAGCUGAAGUCACCAAAUUUUACUUGUUGGCUUCACCACUUUGCAGGCGUGUGUUCCUGUGUGUGUAUGUGCGUGUGUGUGUGUGUGUGUGUUGGAGGAAAAUGAAAGUAGUCUGGCAAGGAAACCACAACACAGGAGCCAGAUUUAAAUGCAGAUAUUUAUCUUCGCUCUCUUUCUUUCUCUCUCUGCUCUGCUGAAGUCCCCUCUAUUAAACCUUUGCUCUGAAAAUUACUCCGGCUUCACAGGGCCCUCCUCCACCAUCACCGCCUGUCAGGCUUAAGUAAAAGUUAGGCUGAAGUUUAGCAGUUCCUACGGUUAGUUAUUCCACAGCUGGGUUAAGUAUUCGAGUCUGACUGAUCUUUACAAAUCAAAUGUUAAAGCAUCGGUCUGUUUUUCCUCAGUAGUAGACCACUCUCACAUGGUCAGGUCUUUAUUUGUCAUUUUGGUCUUUUGAGAUGUUUUUUUAAGAUAGUUUUGAGUUUGUAAAAAUAAAAUUCAGUUUGGGUUUAAGAGCUAUUUUUAGCAGAAGAGUUAUAAAGUCUGUUUUUUUCUGCUAACUACAGUCUCAACAUUGGCUACUUUGAUCUGUUAUUCUAAUUGAUUAAUAAACCAAUUAAUAGACUAAUCAGAUAAUGAAGUUCUCAGUUAAUUAACGGCCUUAUCUCGCGAUUGUAAAGCUGUGUAGUUGUUCCCCCCUUUGUUCAGAGUGAAGAAAGACAGCGAUGAUGUGUAGAGUCAGGGUUGUCACACCCGAACAGUGCUGCUGAUAUUUAUGUCUGCUCUAUACUAACUGUUUAAAAAGUAAAAAAAAACUUCACUUAGGCUCCUUUUUCUGACAAACACAACUUUAGAAGUGUUUUGAUGUCCUGUUUGAUGACACGGCAAAUCUUCUUACAGUAAUUUUCCCCUCAAACGUGUUCUCCAUGAUACAGAUGACUGCUCAGUUUGAUGUUGUUAAUCAGUAAAGCUGCAGUAAGUCUGAUCUUCACACUGGUUCACUUCACCCCACAGGGGGCCAGCCUGUCUUUCUUCUCCGCAGACAGACAGACAGACAUACGAUUUGUCGUAAACAUGGAGUUUUAUUUUGCUCAGUGCAACAGGUGAUCUGAAUCAGUGCUCCUUCAGUUCAUAGACACAAUACAGUCAUAUCUCACUUUCUGUCUGUCUUCUCUCUUUCUCUUUCCGACUGUAUGUCUCAGUCACUCUCUUGUGCACACAGACACACAGCUCUGUCCAACCAAUAGGAAACGAGCCUGAAAUAUCUGGUGAGGCAGUCAGGUAGCCAGGAGCUCAUUACUGCUGAAUGUUUUACGGGGUUGUCAUUUUCUAGAAGAGAAGCAUGCUCAGACGGGUUGCAAAGCCACGUGUACAUGCAUGUAUGUUUCCGUCUUCCUCUCUCGCAACAAAGGAAUGAAGAAGAUCCGAGUCUGAGCUCUGAGAUCAUCGCUGAUAAUGAUGUUUCUGCUCUUUGUUCCACAUUUGCACAGGAGCAGAAUCCUGCGUUUAAUCGGCAUUUUCCUUAUUUCCCUUUUAACCAAUUGUAUCAGGGUUGAUAGGUGCUCCUUGUUACCACAGCAACAUGAUUUUUACAUCCUUAAAUCGGCUCCACAAUCAUGAAGGCCCUGCUGAAUGCCACAGGAGUUUCCUGUCAUGUUGGAGUAUGAUAAGUCUGCCUUAAAGACCACACACUCGCACACGUACAGACAGAGCCGGUGCUGACUUCACCACCGCUGUUCCUGCCCCCGAGGUUCUGCAAAGUUCUCUCGGACGUGACAGGUUUCUGUCUGGCACGGUUCAGACGGUCGCUGUGUCACCAAUUAGAGAGCCUUGGCUGUUUCACUGUCAGCAGAGUUUAAACACUCAGAGGCUUUACUUUACAGUCCAAGGUUUUAUCACAGUGUCCAAAUGGUCAAAUCUUCUCCCUGUUUUCUGCAGACUCAUGAACGCAGCCACGCAGCUGUCUGAGCUACGAGAGCCCUCAUCCCAAACGGGGAGGUCUUUGUUUAGUUUGGACGUCUCUGAGUCUGCAGGAAGCAUCUUUCACAGCACAGCCUAUUUGGAUGAUGGAUUUCUGAGAUGGAAAGAAACCACAUCAUCCCAAAGAGAAAGAACCAGUCGGCCAGUUCAGGCCAUACAACGGUGCUUCAUCAACAGCUAAUUUUGACUGCAGCAACCUAGCAUUCCUCAUUAUCCAGGCAAAUUGAAGAUAUUUGUCACAGACCAUCUCCUGGCAGCUCUUCCUGUUGAAACACGGGUGUUCAGCUUUUAUCGAACCGUUCAACUCCAAGCAUGAAUAUCCGAGACUUAACUGGAUCCAAUUUUUCAGAUUGAAUUAUUGCAUUACAUUAAAAUGAUCAGAAUAAAUCUGGAUUAUCACUGUUAGGACAUUAGAUCUAGAUGAGGACGGCCAGUUCCCCAAAAUUAAGUUUGAACCACUUUGUAAGAAGACAUUAAAUUUGUCAUUUAAGCAGAUUGAUUUGUUAAAAAGGGAAAACCCUCACAGAGUUAUGAUAAAUCACAGCCAUAGUACUAGCCACCAAACAUCUUUUUAACUUUGAUUCAUUUCUUUAACAAAGAGACUAAACACAACUAACCCACUCUCUUCCAGCAGCCGCUUGGUGUUAUGGUGUGUUUGACCCUAAAUUAAUUUUACUCCAGAAUAUCCCUUUAAGCACACUUGACAAAUGGCACUCGGGUUUGACCGUUUCCUCCGUGCCGCCGUUAGUAAAUGUGCUUUGAGAUCUGGAAAAAGUCAGAUGCCGUCAUUAAAAAGUGUUGACCCCAAAUAUAAGACAGCCAAACGAUCUCAUUCGUUGUUGUUUCUCCUUCUGUCGGCCAUAUUAGCUGUUGAUAUCAUCAUCUGCUGCACAUGAGACCAUCCAAAUAUGGGCGUAUGUCUGUUUUAAUCUCUUACACUGACCCUGUCCCCCCCUCCUCAGUCAGUCGGUCUGUUUGUCUGUCUCUCUGUUCGUCUUACGUAAUGGAGGCAUCAUGUGAGAGGUGAGGUGAGGGUUCAUGUUGUGCACCUGCGUGUGACCAUCCUGCUUCCACUUUGAUCUCUGCUGGAUGUCUUUCUUUCUCUUUCUCUCUCUUCUACUUUUUUCCUCUUCAGUCUUUCCACCUGAUUUCCUCCCCUUACCGUCUGUUUCUCUGACUCCUCCCUGGCUUUAAGCCCACUGGCUCCUCGGAUCUAAACUCCCAUCCUUUAAGGGUAAUUAUGAGAUCAGCUGAAUGAGGAGCGUGGGGUUUUAAAACAGUACUUUGAGGCUCAGGACUCCUCAAUAAAGCAGUGUUAGAUUGUCUGUUACUGUCUGUUUUGAUCCCGCUGAUGUAGACAGGUAGUUUACACGGAAAAACAAAAAUGGUAACUAAGACACUUCUUCUAUUAAUAGUUCAUUUUCAGACAUCAGAUGCUGUAUUUAGACGAGGAAAGCUGACUUUGAACUAAGCUCAGAAAACUUUUACCGUUUCUUUCCUACACGGUUUUAACUUUUCUCACACUCCAGCACCUUUCAACACCUCGCAGAGAUUCCCCUCUUCCUGCUCUCUACCCCUUUAUUUCCUGCCUUUCUGCGGUGUCCUGAUCCCAGCUCUGAUAAACACCAUCCAGAAUCCAGCGGGCCAUUAAGCCCGUCCUGUUACCUCCGAGCAUUGCUCUGCGUGCCCCUGAAUCAUUACCCUGCAGACAGACACACCGACCUUUCAAACGGCUAAUUAUAGACCCAACAGAGAAUAGGAGGAAGGGAGGGAAAAAUAAACGGGGGGAUAGAUGGAUGGAUAGAAAAGCGUGUUGAAGUGAGUUAACAUGAGGAGAGCGGGAGACGUGGAGUAGCAGGCCGUUUGUGUUUACUCAGCGGCUGCAGGCCCUCUGGACAAUACCCCAACGAUGGCUAUCGGUCAUUAAGAGCUCUGUUCCAACUGCAGUGACGUCAGACUGCCUUAGAAAAGCAGACCUGCGUGUUUAAACCCUGCGUGUUUUUCUUGGAAAGCAGAUCGCAGGUGGCUUGGGACUGCAGGCUAAUAGUAAAUGAGUUUUUCUAGCCUGUACUUUGCUAUAUUUAGAAUCCAAUGAGGCCUGAAAUGGUGUGUUUCACCUCCGCCUGACAAUCAGAAAUUCCUCCCGUCUGGAGCAAAGAGGGCCUCGGGUUCACUCGUCUACAUCCCUGACUCGUAUCUUUUGAUAAAAUGCUAUAGACCAAUUAAAAGUAGCUGUAAAGCAAUCAGUGCGACGUCGCUCACGUUGAUCAGCGCUAAUGCUUAACCCGCCGCUGAUAAGAACUCACUGAACUCACAUGCACUGUACUCUAAAAUCUGCAAGGUGAACAUGUGCGCUGUUUCACAAAUCGAUUCUCUGAAAGGCUGCGACCAAGUGAUGCUUCUGCAGAGAGGUCAGCUGUCAGAGAAAGAGAUCAUGUGUCAUAAGUACAUGCGCUUCAAUUAUAAAAGGAGCUACAGACGCAUCAACCUUGGAGCUCUCUACCAUUAUAUCUUUUUAAUUAAAGAGCUCCAUAUACUCUUAUUUUCUCACUCAUAUACAGCCUUUAUGAGCUUUUGUCUCUGCUGCAAAAAUACCAGAUUUCCAACACACAAAGCACGGGCGAUGUGCCAAAUUCAAUACAGCCACCUGUGUCGUGCUCUGCAACAGUAUGCAACACUGUCAUCAGUUUUCAUCAACACUUUGACUUGUUGUGCGCACACAAUAGAGAUGUACUUCCUAACACCAAUGCAGCACAAUGAAAGGUGAAAAACAGCGGCGUUACGGAGUCAUUAGUGACCAACAACAGAGCAGGUUGAAUCCUGGUGUUCUUCGUGACAGAGGUGCUUCAAUUUCUCUUUCUCACAUCAUCAGUUUUUACAUCUCUCAAGGAUUUACAUCUUGAUUUUCCCACCAUGCCUUGCCUAACUCGGGUCCAGCAUGAUUGAGGGAGCAGGCUGUGUCUGUGACGGUUGGUCAAAGCAGUGGCCGUAACUCCUAAUGUUAAUUGUAGCUCCACUGAGUCUCUGCUAAUUAUGUUUCAUUAAAACAAAUUUCCUUUUUUUGACACGUUCUUCACAGUCAAAGUCUCCAGUCGUUGCGUCAGGUAGAAGCAUGUUUUCAGCAUAAAAUGAAACUUUUAGGUCACUCAUCAUAUGAUUUGACAUUAGAUAACAAGCUGUUUCCCAACAGAUAAUGAAUUAUUUUUUUGUUGUUUAUAAAAAGUAUAAAAGCAAAAUGACGUGCAUGAACUCCUGAGCUUCAGUACAGGAGGUUCGGACCUGCAGGUGAGCCAGGCUUCUGCUUUAUUCCUCACUCUCCUCCCUGUUUUUUCUUGCCUUGCAUUAACCACCUGAUGCAGCAGAUGCACCUCAACCUACAACCACAGUCGUGCAUCUGUCAGAGCGUCACACCAUCUGCGGUGAUGUCUGACUUUCUGAACAUGCCCAUCUUGAUAUGGGUUUGUUGUGUCUGGAUCUAAACGUGAUCAAUAUUGCUGAGUUUUGAGACUCAUCAUGGUUCCCGUGACGAACUGAGAGGACAAGGCUGGUGUCCUAUAAGUUGUAAACAGCUAGCAGGAGAAGGUAUCUGCUGGCCAGGCGGGCUGAGACAGAUCACACCCUCACACUGCAGCUCUCUGGACCCGAGCCCAAACUCUAAACUCUUUUGGCAAGUUUCUGUUAUUGAAUCAUAUUUUGUCUUGUCUGUCGUGACUCUGACAUUUAUUUUUAGCACUAAAAGCUUUUGUUGCUAGGAGACGGUGUGUCUUAGGAGAGGCUGAGCGAGGGAGGGACAGAAUGGAAGAGAGGAGAAAAGAAAGAGAUGGCAGCGGUGUUGAGGGGGAGAAAGAAAGGCGGAAUCUGUGAACGAGGAACGAACAAGCUAUGAGUCAGCAGGGACAUCUACAACGCACUCACACAAACACAUGCAGUGGGCAUGGUUGCUAUUCCUGUGUUCUUUGUCUGUGUGCUCUGUGCACCCACGCAUGAACCCACUUACCUCCCCUCACUAACCUGUGUUGUGUGUCUGCGUAGUUUGUGUGUGCGGGAUUGAUAUUAGCUCGCCCACUUUGAUUUAAUCCACUCCUGCUGUGUGGUGUAUGCGUCAGCCUGCGUCUGUGAGAGUGGACUGUAUGUUCACAUGUGUGUUUUUCUCCAGCAGUGUACCCCAUUAUACAGCAGCAUGUUGUGUCUGUGUCACAACGCCUAACCUGUCCCCACUGACAAGAGCCUCUUUGUCUGCUGUGUGUGUGAAUCAUAUGCUUGAACCCCAUUAGUAAUCUGCCUUCAAAUAGUUAUUAUCAGCCAUCAUAGGCAGCUUGUCUGUCUUUUGGCUCAUUCUCCGAGCACCAUGGGAGAUCGGAUAGCAGCAUGUGGUUAGUUAGUCACAGGGAGUCGGUCUGUUUUUCAGGAUAGGUUUUUUUUUUCUCUUCUAUUUCUUUACACUUUGAUAACAGACCUCCUGCCGAGUCCAGCAAAUCGCCCGCAGGAGAUUGUUGUUUGCAUAAUCCUGUUACAAUCAAAAUAAUACAAAACAAACACAUAUCAUGUUUUUUUAACAUAGGGCUCCGACUUCUCUCUGUACGCUGUAUUUUCUAUACACUGAAGGUUGAUAACUUUCUUACACUUCAUAGCGUAAACAUGCUUUUUAACACACUUAAUGCCUCUUGUUUAGGGCUGGGCGAUAAAACGAUAAUAAUAUACAGCAAAAAUCAAUUUCCCUCGAUAUUGAUUUAAAACAUGGUCAAUAUGCUUUUCAAUAGUCUGCAUUCUGCCAUGUUUUGGUAGACUAUACUAAAAGCCAAUGAAAAGAGGAGUUUCUCUGGGGCCGAACCAAUCAUGUGCUGAAUUAGAACCAAGUAGGAAACAACUGCAUAGUAGCAGGCUGCAGCUACACGCAACCAUCGCACUUUGACACGUGAAGCCGACAGCACUGUCGGUGAGAAAAAAAGAAAAUAAGUAGCAUUUGGUGUGACAUAUGCAAAUAGCCAGAAUAGGCCGAAAACAGCGUAAUAACUUUUUAACCGUGCGUCUCAGAAAAAAGUCCAAGCAUGCAAAAUCAAAGAUCUCGUUAAGAUACACACACCUGUAGAAUUUCAGGCAUAUCGGACAAAGUCGAUGUUCGUGGCGCUCUGUAGGGGGCGCUAGCUUUUAUAACAUUGCAAUUUUCGCCAGGCCUGACCUGCCUGCAAAUUCUCGUGAGUUUUUGAGGUCAUUCAGGGGGUCAAAUUUGCAUUUUAGGAGGUCAUAAAAUAAUAAUAAUCGAGAACCAUUGGCACGAAAACGUCGGUGGUGUGGAAGUAUUUUGUUUUUUGAGGUCGGACAUGAAGCAAAGUAAUGUGCAAAUCACAUCAAGUACGUGUAAAAUUACAUUUAAGAGUAACAGGGAACAUUUAAGGUUGACAAGUGAUUUAUUUUUAAUAUCAUGAUGCAUAUCAAUAUCAACUGAUAUGAAAAACAAAUAUAUAGUGAUUAACUUUUCCCACAUCGCCCAGCCCUACUCUUGUUUGGUUCAUUACCUUCUAGAUUAUUUUCGAUUGGUUGCUGAGUUGACCAAUUAUCCAAAUCGUGUUUCAUUCAAGAACAAAUCGUACUGAAUCUAUAUCCUUUUGUUUAGUCUGCUUUGUCAUUUUGCUAAAUCACGCUUCAAGCUAAUUUUGGGGGGCUUUUGAUUCCUUUAUUUGGAGGAUAGGACAGUGAAUAAGAGGAGGGGAGAGAGGGGAACAACGAAGGGUCCUCGAUCAAAUAUGAACCCUACUAGAGGACCGCCGCCUCUAAACGUGGGAUGCACAGCCCAGAUCUAGAACAAAACAGAAGUCCCCACAUUCAUAAUUACAGAUGUAAAGUCUAUUCUAGAUGGGUCACUAGAUCUCAAUAGCAGGUAAUUACAAAAUAAAGGGAGUUUUCACUUUCCAAUUUAAGAGCCUGACUCUAAAUCUAUCCAUGAUGGAGAAACAGUCACAGUUUCUUCUUCGUUUGUAACCUGAUUAAAUCAUGAGCGCCGACUGCAUAGUCACCGGGUUUUACAUGUGAACGCUCCGUUUUGAGGCUUCCUCUCUGCAUUUCCUCUGACCCGAGUUUAGUCAGCCGUUGAGGUUUUGAUCUGCUGAUGCAUCCACCACCUUUUUUCAUUAUGACACUGAAUUAUUUCAGACUGACACGACACGCAGCUGCACUCUGCACACCUGACAGUGGACUUUGGUUUCAUCGUGUCCAACCUCGUUAGUUUUUCCAUGACUCAUUUUGACUCCGUUUACACCUGCUGUUAAAUUGUGAUCUCUAUCUGGAUAAGGAGAAACACAUGUUAAACUAAAGCCAUAAAUACACCCACCAUUGUGCUCAGAAUUUGAUCAAAUAUAUCCAUGCCGUGGUGUCCAUAUCAGCAGAAUCAGUCAUCUGUAAGAGCGCUCCAUGACGAUUCAGAGAAAGUGUUUCUUGUUUCCCUUUUUUCUCUCUCUCUCUCUCUCUCUCUGAGAACGAACCACCCAUGUGGGUAGGAAUGUCAUGACUCACUCUGGAUUUGUCGACUACUCACCUUCACAGAAAGACUGGCACGAUCCGUUUCCACCAGAUGUUCCUCCUUAAACUGAUCCGCUGUGAAGGAGUUACAAACACUGUGGCAGAACACUCAACCUGUAGGUGUUUGUGUACUCCCAGCUAUAAAAAGCCGCGUUGAAAAGUAAAUUCCUGCUACAUGGUACGACUGCGUGAGAUUUUUCUCGCCAUUUUUCCCCCACAUCAAGAGCACAUUUUUUCUUAAGGUACAAAAAAAAGCCAUAAUUGAUUUUAAUUGCCAUCUGGGCACCAUAUGUAGCUGAAGUUUACUUUACUCAGAGAUUAGGUUGCCAGGUGUGUCCUCACUUUUUAUUUUUAAAUACCUUUUAUGACUUUUCUCUCUCUAAAUAUAUAUUUUGUUCCAAUCUGUUGCUCCGUCUGUUUCUUAAGAAAUUCUCCGUUACAGUUUUACAAAAUCUUGAUUUGAGAAUAUGGUUUCUAAGAAGCGGCUGCUCUCUGAUCUUAAGUACUUUUUCCACCAAAUCACACGUCUUAACCGAAAAGCUUAAACGGCAGCUGAAAUGAAAAUCGAGUAUUUUUUCCAUUCAUGCUGUACCUGAUUUGAGCUCAGCCACACGAGGGCAAACGUCUCAUCUGAACUUUAUACUCUAACAGCUUUGACAUUUUACACAGAAGUCGGUGCUUGAUGGAGCGAGUGACCCCCCUGUAUGUAUCCUGGAUAGGGAGGUUGAGCAGAUUUGCUCGCAGAUCUUCUUCCUCAUUAGGUCAUCACGCGUUUAAAGAAAAUGGCGGUACGCUAUUAAAGGCAUGGUUGACGAUCUGAGAAGCAGUUGGAAAAAACUGAGCCGUUAAGGCAGAUUUUGAGAGUGGGAGGGGAUGAGUCGGAACUACGGGAGAGGGGUGUGUUGAAUACAGCGAGGUGAUUGGAUGGAGAGGCCGAGCAGGAGAUUGACCAACAAGAGCUGUCCCAGGACGGAUGGCUCCCAUUGGUCAAUAUUUUUGCAGCCCUGCACCUGCGAGGAUGAAGGACUUUGUGGAGAUCGCACUAUAGGAGCAUGAUCGCCAUAGAAACGAGGUUCAUAAUAAUUACCGAUCUCACCAAUCGUCAACCCUGCCUUUAAGAGAGUAAACCACAUCGAUGUGAAGUGAAUGUUCUGUGUUUGGGUCGCAUCUGUGCUUCAAAAAGAUCAACUCCUCCUGAACUAUCAUGGCAGGAUGGUGACGAUUAACGAAGCUACACAUGUGCAGAGAAACGGCACAUUGCUGACCCCACAGUGGAAAACAGUCCGGAUAGUUUUAGUGUAACAGCCUGUCAGCCUUGAGCAUAUCGUGAUCAAUUCACUGUCCCUGCUGUAUGGAUGUGACAGACUGUGUGGAGUGUGGGAAACUGAUUGUAACCUUGGUAUUUAGGAUAGUGUGUACCUUUACAGUUACAUAAACACACACACACACACACUAUUCAGCAUUGUUAUAUUGCGGCCAUAUGUUUCCCACCCUCAGCUUUCUCAGCCUGAUUGCCAAGGCACAUCUGGUCCUAAUGAGGUGCGUGUGUGAGAGUGUGUGUUUGUGUGUGUCACUAUGCCUUUGCUAUUCAGCCUUUCAACAUGGCCUUGUGUUGAAGUGGUGUUGAGUCUUUUACUGCCACCCACUGCUUUACAACUCGAACCCUAUACUUUUAACUGUUGGAUAAUAGUGUGUGAGUGUGUGUGCGCGAGUGUUGGUGUGUGCCCCUGAUAGUUGUUAUAAAACCACAGCUUAUAUUUUGUCUGCACAUAUCUCAAGGCCUGUUAAUCUGUUUAAACAACGCCGAUUUUCAGGCUUUGAAGGCGAUAGCUGUGAAGUUUUGAUGUGACGGCGGUUUGUGGGAACAGAUUACACCGAAAUGUUUGAGAUCGACUCAAACUGAAAUGUAGAAGACAUGUUUGAUUCAGUUUCAUCCUUGAUUGUAUGAUUCCCAGCAGCCCUGGUGUCUUAUAUACUUAUGCAGAUGAGCUUCUACUCUCUGUUUCCACUCUCAUAUUGUCCACUCUUCUGUUAAUCACAUACAGACGGACAACAAGACUAAGCAAAGAGGAGAUGUGUUGAAUAAACAGAUCCAUAUAUCUUUGUCGUUUUCUCAUGAUCCUCCCUGGUCGCUCUCGUCCUCUUUCUCCAGGGUUUGCCUUCCCAGACUGGGCGUACAAACCCGAGUCGAGCCCGGGCUCCAGACAGAUCCAGCUGUGGCACUUCAUCCUGGAGCUGCUGAGGAAGGAGGAGUACCACGACGUCAUCGCCUGGCAGGGAGACUACGGGGAGUUUGUCAUCAAAGACCCGGACGAGGUGGCCCGCCUGUGGGGGGCCAGGAAAUGUAAACCUCAGAUGAACUACGACAAGCUCAGCCGAGCUCUGAGGUGAGAAAACGGUUUGAAGAUUCUGCUCUGAUCAGACCUGAUAGUCAGGACUUUAUACCAAAACCCACUUCAUACCGAGAUGCUCUUAUGUUUGAACACCAGAUGAGAAGAGAGCCUUUGUGGGCAGAUCUGAAGUCACAGAAACAGGUGUCAUGUUGUUUUGAACUCCUGAUGAACUUUAAUGAACUCAUUAAAGCGUACAACAUUGAAAUUUUCUUUACCCCAGAUGGCGAGGGCGUAUAUAACGAUUUAAAUAUUCGCUUAUCAAACACUCACUCACAGCAGAAGUGAAAGAAUCUGAGCCUGAUUUCGUUUCCAUCCUCGUGUUUCUACCUCUGCACUCUGCAAGGUGUAAAAACAAACUACAAACAGCGUUUCAAGAACGGAAGCUGAAGAAUAGUCUGGGAGAAAACCUGAUGAAGGAUGGUUUCCCUUCACCACGACCCGAACCCUCUCUCUGUCGAGUUACACAGCUCAGACAAACAGGCUCUUAACUUGGAACAUAUGCUGCUGCAGAUAAAAUAUAUCAUCCUCUUAAAUGAUUCAGAUCACAGAACAAUUUUUACUUCACUCCAACAUCUGUAGCAGUUAGGAGGACCUUUGGGAGGCCGGCUGGUCUCUAUCGUUUCAUUCCAGCCAAACAUCGUGUGACGAGGUGAAGAGUCAAGACGUGUUAUUAUCCCGAUGUCAUAAUAAAACCAUGACAAUCAAAGCUGCGGGUAACAAAAAUAACACCAGCCUGUCCAAGUAAACUCUUCUGGUCCCAACCCUUUUACAUAAUAUACACAAGAACCUGUGUUAUAAUAUGCAAAUUCAAAACACUCGUAGUGGUUAAGCAAUGAUAACCCAACACUCCAGUCUACGCUGCAUUGGUUUAAACAUCAGUGAGAACGUGUUUCAUUUAGAUUUUCUUCAUUUGUGUAAGAUUAUCCAGAAACCCAAUCUGACUCAGUUUGUAUCAUGUGUGUCACAGUCCAGUUCAGUCAUAAAUCUACACUUUUAUUAGGAUUUGUUGGUCUUUGUCAGUAAGAUGUUGAAGUUGAAUGACGUUGAUGUUUUCAGAUGUCACUAAGGUUCGUAGAGCCGGCUCCUGGUUCCUGGUCCUGACACUUGUGCCGCAUGUCGUCCCCACUUUCCCCCGACAAUUCCUGUCUCUCCUAAACCGUCUUAUUAAAAUGAAAGUCAAAAAUCCAGACCCAGGUUUGCUCUUUUGCUCUCAGGGUGAUGGCAAAGCUGCUCGGACACAUGUUUUAUCUCACGUUUGAGAUAGAAAGGGAAAAAACAACAAACUGGUCCUGCAGAACUAACCGCUGUAUCCUGUAGCUGCUCCUGUGUGUUUUUUAGCAUGACUGUAAAUCACCUCAUCAGGAUUCUCGCUUUAGUCUAACUGUCAGGUGUCCUGUCUUUGUAUCAUCAUACAUCAUUCACUGAAAUGUCUUCAUCUGUGGGAAGAUGUCAGACCAAGUCUCUUAACCAAAUCUCUGGUAUAUAUUAGGGCGUAGACGUCAGAGCGGCUUGCUCAGGGAUUAAUUGUAGUUCAUUUGUAGAGACGCGAAAUGUCAGCGAAGAGAAUAAUUGUUGUUGUUUUAGUCGUGAGUUGUGCAUCUGCGCUACGUGCGUAUACUCCAGGGUGACAGCAGAUAUAGAAACACACACCUUCACCCUGCACAGAGCACAUGUGGGAUGCUGCAGAGUUUUAUUUAGCUGCCAGUCUGUUCUCUCAUAAUCAUGUACACAAACACACACAGAGACACACAGACACACACAGACACACACAGACACUGCGAGUCAUCCGUGUCGCCUCCUGUGUUGUAGGUUUGUGUGGGUUAUAGUUUGCCAUGGUGAUGACUAGCUACACAGCUUUAUCAACACACAGACAGACACACGAGCGCGCGCACACACACACACACACACACACACACACACACACACACACACACACACACAUUUAACACCUUGUUAUAUGUCAGCCCUCCUCCAGCCCAUCUGUGUCUUGUUUGUUGCUUAAAGCUUCUUUUUUUUCAUCUUUGACUGCAUAUUAAAGUCAGACAACCUCAUCUGAACUUGUCACGGAAUAACAAUCCAAUCACAGUUAUUGAUCAGGACGUAAUGAUUGAUUCACAAAGUUACGCAUACUGCUUAUGUAACAUUAGAUAUACACAUCUCAUCUGAACAGACGAACAUUGUUAUGUAAGGACAAACUACGCAACAGAUGGAAUGUAAACUGAACAAAAUGUAAAUGAAGUGAAUCGGACAAAUAGAUCUUCAGAGUUUGAAGUGAAGCAGAUUACCUUCGUGUCAUUGAGGACGUGUUAGGGCUUAUUUCCAGUCAGAAACUACUUAUACAAAUUCACCAAAACAGCAAAAUGUAAAUGUUGUUUCAGGACUUAGAUUUUGAUCAGUUAUGUGUCACGUUUUGCUUUUCUGCUUGAAUCCUGGUUUACACUGCAACAGAAUUUUUCCAAAGUCUCCUCCCUGGAACCACGUUUUAAAAGUCUGUGUUUUCAGCAUCCAAAAACACUAAUCACUAAUCACAGGAACAGUUAAAUACACUGUUUUCUGUUUGAUGAUUCUGUGUAAACCACCUCCAAGAUGCCAGAAUGAUCAAGUUAUACUUCAGCUUUUUGUUGCCUCAGGUUUGAGAAAAACGAGACGGCGACAGAGCAGAGGUUUGAACUGAAAACUAAACCAGGUUAUAGUAGGGCUGGGCGAUAUGACCUCAAAUCAAUAUCACAAUAUAUUGAUCAGUUCACCUCGAUAACGAUAAAUGGAAGAUAACUAGUCUACAAGCUGCUCGCCAUCAAUAGAAUAAUUAAUCAAGAAACCUGAUCUGAUUUAUGUCUUUUUUGUGACUGUUUCUGGAGUAGAUGUUGGUCUCUAAUUCACAGACACACAAACAUAUGUCUUCUCCACUGCAGCGGCCACAUUAGUAAGUUAAUAAUCAGCUCACUUCUUUUCAGUCCGGUCUCAUGGAGUGUUUCACAUCUUUUCUCUAACGGCGUUAUCAACCACGUCUUUUUUUGUCUGCAGUUUACAAACCUUUUAUCAGAAUGAAAGGCUGUUAAUAAAGUCUGUAGAUGAAGGUCCUCCGUCAGAGAUGAAUCUUUGAUUGAUGCUCCUCUGCAUCUUUGAAGUGUUGCAGUACACAACUGUGUGUGUGUGUUCAUUAAUGUUCACACAAUGUAUGCGCACGUGUGUUCAAUACACUAGAGGUCGAGUCAAAGUGCUUUAAAGUUUAUUUGAAGGAAGUUCAAUUGGUCUUCAAAGAGCAGGAGGCCUGGUGUGAGCCUGGGCCUGGUAUGUGGCACUAACUGUUCCCCAUACCAUCCCAGUAUAUGUGUGUGUGUGUGUGUGUGUGUGUGUGUGUGUGUGUGUGUGUGUGUGUGUGUGUGUGUGUGUGUGUGUGUGUGUGUGUGUCUUUCACAUGUAUCUGCCUUUUCCCAAACUCAUUCACAGUACCAUCCAUCUAUCCGCCCAUCUGUGAACAGCGUGUCCCUCCAGCUUUUCCUGCACAAACAGGCCCAUUAGUGUUAAUACAAAUACUGCUGUUCGUGUGUGUGUGUGGGUGUGUGUGUGUGUGUGUGUGUGUGUGUGUGUGUGUGUGUUUUGUAUGCUUGUUAAUUUCCUCUCUUAAGUACUGACCCCCCGACAUGUCUGACGAACGUGCCCCUUGUUUUAAUUACUCAGUGACGACCUCAUUCAGGGGGAAAUUAUGUGCCACUCACACUCUUUUCAAGUCUCAAUCAUCCGGUACGAAAAAUUAACUUUGCUCAAGGAAAAAAAUUAAAAAACAUUAAAAGUCAAAUAACUAAACUCUUACCACUUAAUCACCUGGUUUGAUUGGCCCUGACUCAAGUAGGCCAUUACUCUUAUUGGACAACAGCUGGACUUCAUAUUUAUUUAUUAUGAUAAAUGAUAAAGAGUGUAAAAUCUUAUCCCAUCGUACCGUACAGUAUCACGGCUUGAUUUUCUGUGUCCAAGCUCAGUAGUCGAGUCGCUGUUUUUUGCAGAUGUUUCCUGUAAGCCAUUCAACUGGUUGUUUAUCUGCCUCCUUUUGUGUUUGUGUUUGUGUGUCUGUUUCCCAUGUGAGGGUGUGGGUGUGCGUAGUAUUCAUCCCUAUCAGAAAAGGCCCUUCACUCAUUGAGUCAUUAAAGGCUGGAUGAGCUCCUGGUUCACUCACUCCUGCUCUGCAUUGUUCUGGAUUGGACAGAAAACCGGUGACUAAUCCUCUGAUCACACUGAAGCAGAGAACAGCUGGGCUCGACUCCAUCAUGGUGACAAAUAUUAAAUCAACAUAAUUGUGUUUUUGUGUACUGUCACUGCUGCUGUGACUCAGUUUACGAGAAGAAUAUUUCACCGCGCUGUGACAGACACACUCUGUUUACAUGUAGACUAUUUUCUUGGGUUGAAAUGAAGCGAAAUAAGAUAUAUUUUUUGAUAUUGUCACGCAUCAGUGUGGAGCUCUAAAAGGUCCAGCAGGAAGGAUCGUGUCUUGGCAAAGUUGUGAAGCAUUUUGCUAUCGCUUCCUAGAAUUAGCCUAAUCCCACUUGGAGUGAAAGAGUGGGAUUAAGUGCUGGGUAAUUGUGUUAGUGUGAGCAUUAAUCACCUCACAAUGUGUUUGUUAUAUCAUUUAUGUUGUAUGUGUCGCCAAAAAUAAAAUAUUGCUCAUGUUAGGAAGAUGCAUAACUGCUGAUCGAUCUCAAACUCUGACUCUGGGUCUUUAUCUGGACAAACAGUCAUCAAGAGAGUUGUUUACAACCUCAUCUGAGAGGACGUCUUUGUCUUCUUUAUCACCAAAUGAGCCCCUGAGAUCCUCUCCACCUUAUUCUGCUGGAAAGGAUGAAUAACGCAUUACAUCUCCAGAAUGAAGUGGCCGGUCUCGGCUGAAUGAGAAACUCUGAUUUAGAAGUUUUUCCGUAACAAAAUAUGAAUGUGUUUUUGUCCCGAGGCUAUCGGUGAGUCAUAGGGAGCCAUUUUAUCUUUUAGAUGAGCUGUCAGCGGCUCGCUAUUCACUCCUCUACAUCGCUGUGUGUGUCGGUGAUGACUAAUGCACUCUAACUAAUGGAGCUGCCUGUGUAAGGCUCAAUCAGAGCGGCUCACUCACAUCCUUAGGUAAUCACGGCGAGAGUUUGCAGCUAACCAUGUGUUCAUAUUUGUGAGCAGGUUGUUGAAUUACCGGCUAAUGUGGAUUUAUGAUGCAGGUGUGGUUUUAGUGUUUCUGGUUUAAUGAAAAAAACAACAACAUUGUUUUAUAUUUGGUCAUGUCCUCUGUGAUCUCUAACUCGGCUGUUUUACAACUGAAAGAUCAGGUUCAGUAGAGAAAGAAGGAUCCUCAGAAAACUUUUGAUCAUUCCCGAUUAAAGACGUUACCUAAAAUUGUCUCGCCUGAGUAGAAAUAUCAAAAAACCCUUGACUUUUUCCACCGAGCUGCAGAUAAAAAAAACAAUCGAGUCUUUUGAUAUCAAGUUAUCAAGUCUGUGGUGAAUCUGAGAUCACGUAGUCCUACUUUUUGCGAUAAUACUUUUGAACUUUACUCGCCUGAAGUAUCUUAACACAUUUUCUUUUACAUAGAAAUAAGCUGAAGUGUGAUUUGCAGACAGGUAUCACAAUAAAAAAAGUUUUUUUUUCCUCCUGUUUUUCUAAAAUCAGAGGUCGGUCGUUGUGUUCGAUGGGAGGAAAGAGCAAAAGAAAAAACGUCCAUGACAUUUUUAAAAGUCUUUGCAACAAAAGCUCACUUUAAGUGUUUUCAAGUCCGAUACUUCACUCCUCCAACAAUAGUCUGCAGAUUUUAUGGGGCACAAAACUCUCAAAAUUCUACAAAUUUUUCUUGCAAAACACUGAAAUAGAAAAUGCAACUGGAUUCCCUUGUCUGUGUGACCGAGGUGUUUUCCAUACCCUGCUUUUCGAGUUAACAUUUAAGCGUUUCACGAACCUAAACACUAAAUCUACAUUAGAAAAGUGUUUUCUUUGUGAAUGAAGUUUGAUUUUAUAGCAGAUAGGUACUACAACUCUCCUGUGAGUCAACUUUCUUCCACUCAUCACGGUCUCUCAGAGCUUCCUGGUAACCGCCCACCUCAGCCUCUCAUUCUCACUAACUUUAUUUAAGCCAAACUAAUCACCAACAGUCAUCACGUCUCAAAUUUGAUUAGCUUUGAUUUACUUGUAAUCCCAAACUCCGACGCCAACUGAGCUAACGAGCUUAUUUAGUGUCCACGUCCAGUGAGCCCACAGGUCCAUGGGAAAAUAAUGAGCGUGGUGAUUUGUUGAUCAUUUUGGUAGCAGUGUGAAUAAUGACCAACUGGCUCCGAAGCUGUGAGUCAGCUGGAAAAAUGUGCAUAAUAGUAGUAGUGGUUAUUCAUGGUUUCACACUUUGAGACGUUUGGCUGUUCCUAAUCAGAGGUUGACCACAUGUUAGUGAUGAAAAGUGUUUCCAAAUACCGACGCUGUGGUGAAGAUAACGCUGUUUCUGUUCUCCUCUGCAGAUAUUACUACAACAAGAGGAUCCUUCACAAGACCAAAGGGAAGAGAUUCACCUACAAGUUCAACUUCAACAAACUCGUGCUGGUUAACUACCCCUUCAUCGACAUGGGCUCAGGUAUGAACGCUCUUACAAAAUGUUUUUGUCUUUUUGUCAGUGCGAUCACUGACCUGUACAAGAGAGGAUAAGGGCCACAUGAAGAAAAAAAAAUACAGGAAGAAAAUAUAAGUAGAAAUUCCGAGAUUUAAGUCGAAAUUUCAUCUUAAAAAAAUCGAAAUUAUGUCGAUAAAGUCGAAAUUUGGAGAUUAAAGUUGAAAUCUAAAGAUUAAAAAUUAGAAAUUAUGUCAAUAAGGUUGAAAUUUCAAAAUUAGAUUCAGAAAUUAUGUCAUAAAAAGUCGAAAUGUCAAGAAAAUUGUCGAAAUCUAAAGAUUAAAACAGAAAUUAUGUCAAUAAAGGUGAAAUUUCAAGAUUAAAGUUGAAAUUUCGGGAUUAAAAUUUGAAAUUAUGUCAAUAAAGUCGAAAUUUCGAGAUUAAAGUUGAAAUUUAAAGAUAAAUACAUAGAAAUUAUGUCAAUAAAGGUGAAAUUUUGAGAUAAAAAUUGAAUUUUAAGAUUAAAGUAGAAAUUUGAGAUUACAAAUGUGAACAGUAUGUAAAUUUCGAGAUUAAAAAAAAUUACAAUUUUGAGAUUAAAGUUGACUUUCUGUGGAAAUGAAACUUUAAAAAAUCUCCCUCCUGUUAUAUUUUUCUCUCUUCUCGUGACCCGACUCCUCUUGCGUAGAUCUGCUAUGAUGAUCUUUGUAGGUAAAACCUUUGAGUGGUUUUGCGCUCCAUUCUGAGCACAAUCUAAACACUCAGUUACAUAUAAAUGAAUCCUGUUCCACAUCACAUUUUCAGCCAUAUUUGAGCAUCCGCUCUCAAAAAGACGCCUUCUCAGCAGACAGAAAUGGGUGUCGUGUGAACAUAUAUGUUCCUGGUUAGCGUUUGAAGACAUGAGAGCGCCACGUCCCGGGUUAUCCUCCUCCUCCCACCCCUCAAGUCGUCUGUUGCUCGAGCCCCGGCCACCCAGAGCAAACACAGCCCAUAUGGAGCAUUGGAUAGCGGGUGACAUAAGUGCAGCACGAAACUUUAAUUAUAGCCUGUGUGUGAUGUGGCCCACACACUGACAUGUUGUGAUAUGAUGGUUUCAUACGAUGGUUACACACACACACACAAACACACACGAGCCCACGUCAGUCUGGAUUGAUGCGCAAGCAGAGACCCUCACAGACCCACACUUUCUCCUCAUGGUCUCUGACACACAUGGUUGUUAUGUGUGAUUUUAUAAACACACACAGACACACACACUGGAAAAAAACAGAGGAACCCAACCCAUGUUUGUGAUGGCAGUCGGAGCCACUUUUCCAAUAUUUAAUUCUGGCACGUGCGCAGAUGCCAAGAAUUUAUUGCAGUGCCACAGUCUCCCUGGCAAGAGAGCGAGGAGGAGAGGAGGGGUUGAAAAAGGAGGGAAUUUGUGGCUUUGUGUAACCCAGUGUUUUCGUUCGGAGCGCCUGUGACCCUCUGGGUAAAAUAGCUGGAGUUAUGAAAGACAUGUGACCCGCUCUCAUCAGUGACUUUUCCCUUUUCUCUCAAGCUUUAAAAUGUCAGGAUACAUCAAUUACACACAUCUCUCAUCUCACACAGCUCUUGUAUCUCCUCCUGCACACAGAAGCAAAAGUUCUGAUCGCUCACAAAUCAGAAGCAGAGAUUUGAAGAUUCCACACAGGAUCAGUCCAAAAGAGAGAGACUACCUGCAUAUCUUGAAAGCUGAUAUCUCAAAACCAAAAUAUAACUCAUGUGUAGACACAAUCAGAGAUACAGGAGGAAAACUGUUUAUUACAAAUUCCAGAUAGCAGAAGUCAUAACAUCAUCGUCUCUGAGCUCAGCGCUGCUCCUCCAGCUUCUGCGGCUCAGAACGAUCUAUCACAGAGAAUCUUUUUCUCUUUUUUUGUGGAAAAAGAAAAUCUGUUUCUGUCUAUGAGGAUAAAUGAGCAGAAAUGAGUAAAUUUGGAGCUUUAAAUUCGAUGUCUGAACUGAAGUAGUUUCUGAAAAAUGAAGGAUGAUGGUUUUCAAACAUCUCUGAUCGAUCCCAGCAGUCAUCCGUCUGUUAGAGUUUUUGAACUGACUGAAUCUUUUUGUUUGUCCUCACAGGUCGAGGAGUCCCUCAAAGCGCCCCUCCGGUGCCAACAGGAGGGACUCAUUUCCGUUUCCCCCCCUCCACGCCAUCAGACGUCCUCUCCUCCAGCGAGGAGCUGCGCAGCCCCGGCAUGUUCAGCAGCGUGGCUCGCCGCAUGGCCCGCGGUUCCGUGAGCGACUGCAGCGACGGCACCUCCACCAACUCUGAGCUGGAGGAGGCCGUAGGGGCCGACGAGCGAGGCGUGGGGCCAGAGAGGGCCUUCAGGGGUCUGCUGCCUCCCCGCCUGCCUCAUGAUUCUCUCUUCAGGGUCUACGGUGGGGGCCCCAACCCAGCAGGGCUCCCCAGGCCGGCCCCCAGGGUUCACCCCGAGCCUCUGUCUCCAUUCUCUGUCUCCCCCCUGCCUGGCCCCGGGGGUCUCCUGGCUCCUACUCUGUCCCCAGCCCUAUCCAUGACCCCCACCCCCCAUCUCUCCUACACCCCUUCCCCCUCCCUGUCCUCCCCCAUGAUGGGCUCCCACUUCUCCUUCAACCCGGAGGACAUGAAGCACUACCUGCAGGCCCACACCCAGUCCGUCUACAACUACCACCUCAGCCCCCGAGCUUUCCUCCACUACCCCAACAUCGUCAUCCCGCAGCCCCACCGCCCCACCCUGGAGAAGCCGGCCGCCCAUCACCUCCACGGCCCGCCUCUUCCGCUCUCCCAUUCGCUCAGCCAGCAGUCAGGAGGCGUGGACGAGGGGCAGCACCCGUCACCAUUCAAGUUCAAGCUGCAGCCGCCUCCGCUGGGCCGCAAACAGAGAGAAUCAGGGAGCUCAUUGGCUGCUUCAUCCUCCUCCUCUUCCUCCAGCCAGUCCACCUCAUACACAGGGUCUGCUCAUCUAAACAACAGCGGGCCUCCUAAGAUCAAGGUGAGACCACCAGCACACACACACACACACACACACACACACACACAUACAUGAUAGUCGCUGAAUCAGACGUCACUCAUGACAUGUAACUACGUUUCUCCUUCAGGUGGAGCCCAUAUCUGACAUCGAGUCAGAAGAAGAGGUGGAGGUGACCGACAUCAGCGAGGAAGAUGAGCUCAAUCACAUUGACGAGGAAGAGGAAGGCGGCAUCUUCACCCCAACAGCUCGUCGCAAUCGUCAUCAGCUCAACAACCAUCACCAGGCCAACGGGAACCUGCGCGGCCUCUCUGCUCCUCCGCACACCAGCCCCGAUGAGGAUGAUGACGAAGACGUCUUCAAAACUCCCGCCACUCCUCCCAUCGGCGGCGGCGGCCCUGCCUUCCCUCUGCUCAACCUGAAGAGCGAGCCGGGUCAGGCGGCUCCCAUCAGCCCCGGAGGCACGCGCUGCAUCCCGCUCAAACUGCGCUUCAAGCGCCGCUGGAGCGAGGACCAGAAGAUGGAGGCAGAUGGAGAGAGGGACGAGGCGGAGGACAAGAAAGUGAGGGCUGACGGAGAGGAGGAGAUGGAGGAGAAGAGAGAGGAGGCGGGGAGGAGAGGAGGAGAGAUGGAGAACGGGAGAGGAGGAGGAGGUGUUAUUCUGGGGUUGAUGCUGCCACCGCCUCCAACCCAACGCAGAGCGAGCUCAGAGCUGCAGCGAGCGACUGCACAGCUGUCUCUGGAAAACACCAGCUGCUGAGUUUUAUUAUCUCCCACAGAAACACACAGAGGGUCUGAAUCCUGCUCGUGAACCUCAAAGAUUUACAUCGACCAUAAUGUCUCGGAGCUUUUCGCUAAACUGCGUCUGAACGUCGUAUAAAUCUAAAUAUGUGGAUGGAUCUUAAGUAGGAAGUUGUUUUUGGCCGAUUUUGACAGACUUCUCAGCUCCACAAGCUCAAAGUUUCCCCUGAAAACCUGUUUGCAGCAUCUUGUUAGGAGUUAAGUGUUCAUGUGUGACGAUCAGUGAGCACAGACAUCCUCAGGACCUCAGCGACCUUUAAAUUCAUGUUUAUAACAAAUCUGAACGACUGUAACUGUAGUUUAAAACGCUUUAAUGACAGUAAAAGAAUCUCAGAGCCUGCUGGACACCGAGAGCUCCUGCGUUUGUUUCAUCCUCGUUCAUUUUGUCAUCUUGUUUCUUCAGCAGAAAGCUCCCUGACAUUAUGGUCCGUGUAAAACCACGAAACAGAAGCGCUGAUAUGUAGCCUCUGAUUUCCUGUGAGGUGAGACACUGUCCACCUGUGUCCCUGUCCAACAUGAACGCAGCAGCAGAGACCGUUUCGACAUCAGACCCCUCGUGAAGGGUUGAGUCUGUUCUUGAUAGAUUUGAGAAAUUUGCAGAUUGCCUUUUUAACGCCUCAUCCUCAUCGUCGUGCCAGUUGUGCCAUAAAUUUGCCAGAGAUGGAUUUGUAUCACGCAGAGCUCCAUGUAAAGUCUAUUUUAACACAUGUACCUGAAGAGUGACAGGGCUGUCUCACCUGUACAGACGUAGAUCUGAUUAGUCAAAGGUGAUGACCACUCCUCCAGGAACUCCUCCUCACCUCCUCCUCCAUUAUCUCCUCGUUUGUUCUCACCAUAACAGAUAGACAGACCGUCAAGUUACUAAAAACACUUUGAACAGCCCUGAUAGAGAUUACAGAAGUGCCUCUCUGUCUGCAGCCGUUUACAAGAUGGAGGGCAGUGAGAGAAUAAAAAAAGAACUUUGCUCUGAUGGAUCCUGAAGACUUUAGUCCUCCAAAGAGGCGACCAGAAAGAACUCUCCAAUCACAGUCUUUUCUUGGACACUAUGAGGCUGCGGUCCCUUUCACCAGCUCAUCACUACAGUGUAAAAAAAGAGACUUCAGAUGAGGGUCAGACCCUGAGAAGAUGUCGGUGUAAUCUGCCCUCUCACUCGGCAUUGAUAGACUUUUGGAAGCCAGAUUAUCUGAGGUGGUUUCCUCUGUACAGAAAAAAAAAGAAACCUGACUCUCCGAGGAAAGCGCCGGAUUCUUCAGCUCCUUUCCUUGUCACUUGUGAGGAAACGAGGGAGCAGCUUCUUGCAAAAGGCUGUAAUUACACACACUCGUCUCCGGAUGUGUUUGUGUGUGUGUGUGGACCCAAAGCCUGGAGGACGUAGAGGGCGUCCCCCCGCUCGACUCCGCACAAUCUCUGAGGGGUAAUCUUCGUGUUUCGUCCCUCGAACGUCAAGAACAACGGCUCUUUCCUGCAUUCCCCCGUUCUUUUCCGAUAUUUCCCGAUGCUCGUGCCUCGCAGAGACGUGGACAGUAUUUUUGGGCAUUUGCAGUCAUCUGAGGACUUUUAAUCUGUUCACGAAUGAUUUUAGUUUUUGUCGAGGGAGAUCGGAAACUAAAUACUGAAUGUCGAGCAUUAAGGUUAACUCAGGCAAAACUUCACUGAGACAUGGAGAAACAGCUUAUUUUUUACUACGACGAUGUUUUAUUCAUUUUGUUUCAACAGAAGAAAAAAAAAGCCCAUUUUAAUGAACAAAGAACAAAUAAGAUUGUGCCUUUUUUAAAGCCAACAUGAGUUUUAUCGAACACCCCCAGCGAAACGUUUUCCCCACACUCACACUGAACCAACAUGCCUUCAGCUUUUUGUAAAAGAGAGUAACAGAGGAAGUGAAUCGACACAUAUAUAUUUUAUUCAAAUAUAUAUUGAGCUCAAAUAUUAUAUUUCAAUAUGGUCAUUUGAUACGAAUCAGAGGAGACUCCUACUAUUUUUAAUGGUCAAGAUUUGUAUAUAUUCUAUUGGGCAUAUUAUUAUUAUUAUUAUUAUUACCAGUAUAAUUCAGCCUUUGCCUUCACACCCUUGCCUUCUCCUGACCGUUGAGCUGCAGUGACAAAAGGCCGCCAGUGUCAGAGUUUUAUAUUUAUAAUGUAAAAAUGAAAAAAAAUAAAACAGUUGUUGUGUAUUCAGGGGAAGAAACGAGCAGAAACAUUCACCCCCGGGUCAGGGUGUGUUUGUUUUAGCUCGCCGAGAGUGGCACCCGGGUGGAGUUUACACAUCAGACAGACGUAGAUUACUGUUUUUGUUCAUAUUUUGUUUAAACCCCACAGACCCACAUCUCGGUAAAAGGCGCAGGUUUUUUUUUUAACAGGACUCUGAUGCAGCUUUGGUGUUCAGGGUCGAUCGAUUCUGAUUGGACGACAGAGUUAUGCAGCCGGCUCAGGGCCACAGCUGCUGAUAUAACCGGACUUUAGUUUGAGUGUGGACUCUGAACCUGAGCAGCUUUGUGUGAACCGAGUGCGUAUGGGCCGGCCUGAACCCUGCCCACACACACACACACACACACACACACAGACCAGAGCGUCCUGGUUAGUGAGGCUCUUUGCUGUGGCUACAAUAAAGGGAAACAUGACAUCAAAUGUGACAUCAGCCCCCACAGUCUCUCUGGAGUAGAUGGCGAACCAUAGAAACUACGCACUUACACUACUAAACACACAUUUACACACACAGACACACACAGGCAGAGGAAAUGACAUCACAAAACCUCUGAAGAGAAAGGGACUUCCCAUAACCGGGCUCGCUCAGCUUUUUCUCUUUGUGUGUGUGCGCCUGUGUGGUUUCUAUGGUUAUGCCUUACACACACACACACACACGCACACAAAAGAAAAAGUGAAAUCAGAUAAAGUCUCAGUCCGCGUAUUUCGCCCCCAGCUUGCUGAAGUGUCUUGUGUGUGACCUAAUCUCACUCUUUACUCCAAUCUUAACGGUGAAAAUCAAAUCUAAGAUCGUCCCUCUCAUUGACUCGUUGAUAUCGCCCUCAGCUAACCGAAGGUCAGACCUCCUAAUUAUCGGCAGAAAGCGCAAAAGAAAAUCUAGUCGGACAGACGUGAAAAUCACUGAGCUGUACCUGAACGUCACACCUGUGCUGCCUUACCUGUCUUUACUCUAAACACAAGGAUAACUGCUCCCUGGUUGGUUGAUAUUUCAGCCUUUGACCACGUUCCUCUCAUUUUCUCCUGUAUUUUUCAGACAUAUUACUGUUACUCUUGUAAUUAUUAUAUUAUUAACAUGAGUAUUUUUUUAUUCUUUUGUACCCUCUUGCCAUGGCCCUCCUUCAUGAUUUCUCAGAUUUCUGUGAGUUUUAUUUUUGAUCCACUUUGCACUCUUUCCCAUGAAACAGUUGGCUCCAGCGCAGUCUUUUAUUUAGAUUUUUGUAUUUACCAUGAUUUUAUAACCAUGUAACCAUGGACAAGAGGAGGGUCACAUAAUCCCCACAUGAUAUACAACAGGGGGAGAAACAUUUGUUUUCUUUUUUUUGAUGUUGUGUAUAUAUAUUUUUUCAUUUUGGAGGAUUCUGUAUGAAAAAAAGAGCUUUGUACUGUUUAACCAUGUAUUAUUUGAAAUGUCCUCUCUCUGGUUCUCCUCCGUCUCUCCUCUCUCGUCCACCUCGAAGGUGAGCUGUCACUCCAGAGGAGAGGCGGAGACGUUUUUGUUUUUGUCAUGGAGGAACCGCCUGUACUUCUGUUUCUCUUCUAUCUGUUCAUCUUCAUUUGUAAUUAAACAAUAAUCAGGGUUCAUUAAAAAAGGUUAAAAUGGAC